AUGAUCCCGAUACCGCUGGUUGUUGUGGUGCUGGGAGGAUGGUGUGCUCUUUACCUGGCCGACACCUUUCUCAUGGUAAGAGAGCCAAAAACCUAGCCUGUGUGCUGUCUGACUGUCAAGAAUAGGUAGACACACGUGAGUGCACUUUGAUUAGAGGAGCUGAGAAUUGAUCAAUCCUGCAGCACUGGGUUUUAAACCAGCAUUUCAUGAUGUACUUGGGCAUGUCUCAAGUACAAUUCCUGUAUCUAUAAAUGAACCACAUUUAACACACUCAGUCAUGCUUUCAUACCUCUAAUUAUCUUAAUACCAGGUAGUGCUCUGAUUCUGGAUUUUACUGCAGUUUCCUGUCCUCUAAAAGCAUGCACCAAAAAUAAAAAAAAACAAAGCCCCCUAGACCCCAACAAAUAAAAUAAAGCCUUCCUCAUUUCUUGCCAUAUUACUAAAUACAUGUCACACUAGCCAGGUAUAGCAAGUCUAUAUAUGUUAUCAUGUUGGUAUUCGGCAAAUACUUAUAUACCUUCCUAAUGAACACUUCCUAUUGGCAUUUACAAUAUAGCUGGAAAUAUCAUACUGUUUUAUACGGUACAGAAUGAUCUGCUACUUUCCCACCUCCUCUAGACUGUAAGCUCGUUUGAGCAUUGUCCUCCUCAACCUAUUGACCCUGUAACAUUUUGUAACUGUCUAAUUUAUUCCUAAAUUUCCCUCUUUCAGAAUAUUGUAAAGCGCUGCGGAAUAAGUUGGCGCUAUAUAAAUGCAGAUAAUAAUAAUAAGUAAACACAGACUGAGCCUGUCUGGCAGAUAGUGAAAUGUUUCUCACUUACAUUAUAGGAACUAUAAACAUACAGAACUACUUCACUUUAAUAUCCAUAGUAUAUACACCUUGUAUGUACUGUGCAAGUAAACGGAUAACAUUGCACGUAUAAAUUAAUUUACACACUCGGAUGCAAACUGCCAAUGGAUAUUCAGUAAAUUGUAAUAUCCUCUGCUUCAAAACCCAAAAUAUGCCUGGAUAUACUUGAUAGAGAUGGUGUAAACAAGCUUAGAAAAGGUAUGAUAUCUUAAGAAAUGCCCUUAUUAUUCCUUAACUGAUCAAAUUAAAUUGGUCUACUGAUGCAGCCAGUAGGACAUCAGUUUAAAUAAAUUAAAUAGUUUUUUAAAAUGCAAAACACUUCUCCAGGAUACCCUAGUCAUAGGGCUGGCCCAGUUUUAAUAACCCACACAAGGGCAGUUGUCUGAGGGGUCCAGAACCAAUAAACCUGUUCGUUCUCUUUUGCUUGGUAAUCGGGCUAAAUAAUAAUAUAGAAAAUCCAGUUUAAACCUAUAACCAAGGGUAACUUGCUCAAUGGUCCUCUCUGUUAUGUCUAGCAGGUGAAGGUAUAAACAUUUGUGGGAGUCCAGUAUACCAGCAUCAUACAUGAUUUAAUAGUACAGUACCAAGUGUUGUGUUUUUGUGGGGUUUUUUUUGUGGUUUUUUUUUUUUUACAAUAAAGUAAGAGGUUUAUUAAGAAAUAGUAACAAUGGGAAUGAUAAGGGAUACAUAACUUAGAAAUAGUGAAAGUUGUUUUCAAAGUAAAUAUUUGUUGGUAUUCUUAUUACAAACUUUUUGUAUGUUAUUACGUAAUCCUUUAAGCUAAAUGUAAUUAUUUUUGCUCUCAUUUUUAGUCCUCAAAAUCUUUGAAGACCUCUUAUGAAAAUUGGCUCUCUGAGCGAGGAUUAAGCAUAUCACCAUUUCACAUACGUUGGCAAACAACAAUUUUUAAUCGACUAUUUUAUAAGUGGGGACGAUGGAAGCCACGAUUCUUGUAUUUAUGGUAAGAGUAAUACCGGUAAAUAAAAUGUGCAUGUUUUGUGUGUUGAUAAUACUGCAAAUUACCACCUGUCUGUAUUGGCAAACAAAAUGUACAGUCAUGGGGAAAAAGAAAGUACGCCCCCUGGGAAUUCCAUCAGGACAUAACAAUCAUCUGUUCCUUAGCAGGUCUGAAAAUUAAAAUACAACAACUCAUGACACCGUAUCAUGAUUUAUUUAGCAAAAAUGAAAUAGCUAUGUGCGAAAAACGAAGUACAACUUAUGAUUCCAUAGAAUGUAGAACCACCUUUAGCAGCAAUAACUUAAAAUAAUCAUUUUCUGUAAGACUUUAUCAGUCUCUCACAUGGUUGUGAAAUAAUUUUUGCCCACGUUGCUUCAGUUCUAUGAAGUUUGCUAGCAUUUGUUUAUACAUUACUCUUUUAAGGUCCCGCCACAGCAUUUCAAUCGGGUUGAGGUCUGGACUUUGACUUGGUCAUUACAACAUUUUGAUUCUUUUCCUUUUCAGCCUUUCUGUUGUAGAUUUGCUCGUGUGGUUGGAUCAUUGUCCUGUUGCAGGACCCAAUUUUGGCCAAGCUUUAACGGUCGGAAAGAGGGCCUUACAUUUGACUUUGUUUAUGUAUACAGAGGAGUUUAUAGUCGACUCUAUUGACUGCAAGGUUCCUAGGUCCUGUUGUUGCAAAACAAGCCCAAAUCACCACCCCUCCACCGCCGUGCUUGACAGUUGGCAUGAGGUGUUUGUGCUGAUAUGCUGUGUUUGGUUUUUGCCAAACUUGACACUGUGCAUUAUGGCCAAUCAUCUCAACUUUGGUCUUGUCAGUCAAAAGGACAUUGUGUCUGAAGUCUUGUGGUUUGUUCAGAUGCAAAUUUACAAACCUAAGCCGUGCUGCCAUGCUCUUUUUAGAGAGAAGAGUUUUUUUUCUGUAAACCCUUCCAAACAAACCAUACUUGUUCGGCCUUUUUCUAAUUGUACUGUCAUGAACUGUAACAUUGAACAUGCUAACUAAGGAAUGUGGAGUCUGAGAUGUAAAUCUUGGGUUUUUUGCAUUCUCUCUGAGCUUUGCAUGGUUUGACCUUGGGGUGAAUUUGUUUGGACAUCCACUCCUGGGAAGAUUGUCUUGAAUGUUUUCCACUUUUGAAUCAUCUUUCUCACUGUCAAAUGAUGAACUUUGAAUGGUUUGGAAAUUGCCUUUAUAAGCCUUUCCAGUUUGAUGGACAGCAACAAUUGUUUCUGGGAUGGCGAGGACGUUCUAUGUCGCCCAACUGUGUUUUUAAGCAUUAAAAAUGCAAACACUAACAAAUACUAAUGCUAUAGUGUUCUGCUAGCAUCAGUCGUGAUCAUCUUGGCUAAUCCAAUGUUUCCCACAGGGAUUCAAUGCAUCUCCAUGGGGAGCAUUCAGGACAGUGUCCAGAAAGCCCAUCUUGUGACUGCCACUAGAGAUUGAUUUAGGCAGCUAUGUAAACUCUGCUUUUGCUCUGAAAUGGCAGUGUCUAUAAUGCUAAGCCUGCAAAGACAGACUCUAUGCCCCAUAGUCUGCUACAUUAAGCUGUAGUGGUUUUUGUGACUAUUGUGUCCUAUUAAAUUGUUUCAUUUCGGUAGGGCAAAGAUAGAUCCUAAUGUUUUAAUUAAACUGACAUAGCAUUUCCUAGAGGGACACUCUAAGCACCAAUACCACUACAGCAUAAUUUAAUGCCCUUGGUGCCUAGAUGCUGUCUCUUCACUGUGACAAAUGUAAGCAUUAUCAUAUGUGAGAAAAUCAGUGUUUACGUUCAUCAGUCACUGAGCCUAUAGUGACUGUCAAUUCCUAAUGAAAACUUUUUAAAAAAUUACCGACUUCACAUUUUGCUGCAUGACAAUGGUGAAUGCAGUUAUGUUUCCCCAUAGAGUGGCAUUGAAAUGCUUCUCCAUGAGCAAAAUCCUACUGGCUGAGUGUGAAUUCACAUAAAGGAGAAGGUGCGGUGAGACCGGGACACCCCUGGAUGAAAGGGGAGUAUAACUUUAUUAUUUUACUUUCUACAGGGAACUCUGAAUAUAACAUGCACCAGGAUCAUUAUGUUCUUUUAACAUAAAGCCAUAAAACAUAAUAUAAAUCUAAACCAAAAGAGAGAUGUGCAAAAACAAAACAAUAAAGUGCAUAAAACAAUUCACAAAAACACAAAAUAUAAACUUACAAAAGGUUUAUAUAGGAGUUCUCAACUAGUCAUCAGAUUGGAUUGUUUUCCGAUAUAUAAUCUUUUUUUUUUCACCUUCCAUCUCCGUGUUACAUGACAGGAGAAGCUCAACUUGUCCAGGUUAUAUAUUAUUUUCAGAGAAAGAGGCAGUAAAAUAGUGACUCUAGGAGAGUGACACUGUCCACCUACCAGAACCGAUGGGCAUAAACCCUAAUUUCUUGCCAGAAUUUAAGAAAAUGUUUAUUUUUCAAGUUCAUGUUUUAUGAAAACACCUGUCCUAGCCUGGGACUACUUUUCCUUAAAAUAUAGAAAACUCUGCAAGCUGGCAAGGAAUCAAAUGCAAGACUAAUAUUUUCACUACAGUGAUUAUGGUAUUUAGAGUGCCCCUCUAAUUAUUUAGAGUAAUGUUACCCAUUUUCCAGUUGCUUUGCCAGAGAUAAUCUGAUUUCACGUUGACUUCUGCUUUCUCUUUAAUAAACCCAUAUACAUCAAUAGAAUUUUCAAGGGAACUCACUCUAGAUUGUAUGAUCUUUUGAGCAUGGUCUUCAUCAAACUAUUGUUCCUGUAACAUUUUGUAAUUGUCUCAUUUAUUACAAAAUGUCCCUCUUUAUAAUAUUGUAAAGCGCUAUGGAAUAUGUUGGUGCUAUGUAAUUUCUAUUAAUAAUAAUAAUAAUAAUAAUAAUAUAACAGAAAACAGAAAAGUAGUGUUUCUAACUAUAAUAUAAUGGUCUGUAGGACUGAAUCCCUGUUAUUUGAGCAUAUGCAUCUUUCUACAUUAGUCAUGUGAUGUUUGAAUGUCUUGUCUUGGUAUUUUACAUGUAGCAUGCAUUGAGGUAAAUACAUGUUUUGCCAGGUUCACCUUGGGAAUGUUUUUCGGAAUCAUUGCAAUGUUUGGCUCCAUGAUCCUGUUGGGGAAAACACUCCAUCAAACUCUAAAUCAGAUGAUGGCUGAGAGCCCAGCGUCCCAGAAUGAACGAAUCCUGCAAGUUGUGGUCAGUCCUUUUUACUAAAUUAAUCCCAUGAGAAUUUACUAGUGAUGAUGUAAUUUUUUUUACUUAUAGCCCAAUUUAGUUAUGUGUUAUGAUGAACCUAGGCUUUAUGGAGGCACAUAAAAUGUGGGGGGGGGGGGACGACAAAAAUAUUAUAUAAUUUCACAGGAUUAUUCUCUAAAGACCAAACGCCUGGAAUUAGCAGAAUAAUACAGGAGCAUUUGGACUACAAAAGCUACAUAUUGUUCACAAGAUUUAUCAAGGUCCUGAUUUUGCAUAACCCCUUAUUUGGCAGUGCAAGGGUUGAGUAUGUGGUGGUUCUCAUCUUGGUUGCUCAGUCUACCUAAAGUUGCUAAUGGUACUCCUCCCUUGUCUCCUUGUUUUCAAUUUUAAACAAUCAGAAUUUUACUCAAAAUUCUUAAUGGGCGCAAAACUAACACUGCUACUUUGCACCCAGGCCUUGGCGCUGUGAGGGGUCUUGAACUGUAUCGGUCAGGGUCGAGUUGCCAUGUUCUUUCCUUUAUAUUCUUGAUUUACAAAGCAAUGUGAGUUGCUCUGCUGGGAAUGUGCCCUCUCAUUAUGCACGACAUGUCAUAUUUGUAAUUUGUAUACCCUCUGCAUAGCACUUUGGUAUACGUCCGACUCCUUUAUAGAAAACCAAAUACUUAACAGGCAGAUUCUCGGGAUAAAUGCACAAAUUGUGUUUGUGGAAAUGUCAAUUUCUGUGACCUUGUCUAAGUGAAAGCUGCAUUAGCAAUGACUGUUUCAAUGCUGUUUUACUCCGAAAUCACCAGUGAGGAUAGGAAGGGCAACGCACCAUAAAAUAGAAAAGGGUUGACAGUUAAGUAUAUUAAAAAUAUUUAUAUGCCAAUCCCAACCCUCUGAAGAGUUUUUACCUACAGCCCAGCUGCCAUACAUAGAUGCUCCUAAAGUUAAUGGCAUAACACUUUAACUAACUAAUGGAAGAGGGCCUAGAAUGGUGAACAAAGUCUCUGUGCAAAUUAAUUUAGUGUAACUUUUGAAAAAAAAUUUUAGAGCAUGGUAGUACAAUGUAUAUUACUGCAAAUAUAGCUUACAUGAUGUUUAAAAUGGUUCCAUGCAUCGAAAGUUAAUAGCUUGAGACCAUUUUAUUUUUUUUCAUUCUUUACAAAGUGUAACUGGAUCAUCCCCUUCCCCCAGUUCAGUUAGUUUGUCUAAACAGCUUCAACAAUCGGUAUGUAUCAUGUGAGAGUUUAUAGACUGAAGGAUACUUCUGACUUAAAGGUAGAGAAAUAACAAAAUAGAACUUUUCCCUAAAUAGAAGGAGGGUGAGUAUGAUUUUUUUUUUUGUUUUGUUUUGUUUUGUUUAGGAUGCAUCAUAGAUUAUGCUUUAUUAGUGAUGUAGAGCAAGCAUGUCAAACUCAAAGUCUAGCAAGGGCCAUAUAAACAAGGUUUCUGUGAGCCUGAACAAAAACCCAAAACAUAACAUUUUCAUAGAAAUGUGGGUUUAUUUUGAAAAGUACAGUAUUAAAAAACAAAAACAAAAACCACAGCACCCCCCUCUAGCCAACAAGCAGACUCCACUGACAGACACAAAGACACUCGCUGACAGACAUUCACUCACACAGACACACUCUCACUUACAGACACACACACUAACUCACUUACAGACACACACACUAACUCACUGACAGACACACACAUUCCUGUAAUUAUUCCUGCGGUCCAGUGGGGAUCUUCUGUCUGUAGAUCUCCUUCCUGCUCCCUCACACGCAGUUUAGUGAUGCCAGGCGCCGGAAUAUGACGUCAUAUCCUAGCGCCGGGAAUCACUACAGGCGGUGAACAGGGAGCAGUGAGGAGCAGGAACACUGAGCUCCCUCGCUGCAUCCACCGUCCCCUCCUGCCCGACCGGGUAAAUUAUAGCAGAGUAGGCAUCUUCAAUGUGGGGAAAGCAGGUGCCUACUCUGCUUGGAACACUAGACAAUUAGGCGUUUACCUGCGGCUCGUCGUGCCGCAAAGCUGUCCAUUGUGGGCAGCAUGUGGCCUGGGCCACGAGUUUGACAUGCUUGAGGUAGAGUGUUACCCCAGGGUGUAAAUAUGUUCAGCAGCUGGUUUUUUUUCUUUUUUGCUUUGUUUUUUUUUAACUGAUUUGCAUGAUUUUAUGGUAGAAUAUAGUAAUGGGUUUGUCUUAAUACCAGAUGGAAGUAGCUAACGGAGUACAAUGUUCGGGGAAAACUGAUGAUCUAGUUCAGUAUUUAUGAAUCUAUCAGUAAUUGUUAACUGAUUAAACCCAUGAGAAUUUAUCAUGUGUCUGUCUGCAGUGAACUGCUAAGUUGAGAUACAAGAGGUGCAUUGAUGAAACCUAGAUCCAACAUGGGCUGCUGUAAUUUAGCUAGGGAAGUUUAGGGACAUUAACCCUUUAUAAAGCAGGGGAGAGAAGCCUUGGGUAUAAUUAUUUUCAGAAUGUAGGACCAAACAUUGGCAGUGUAAGCUUGUUCCAGCCUUUCCAAGUGGUGUUCAAUGGCUCCUGUAGAGUUUGUCAUGCUAAGUUGAAUCUGACACUUCAGGUUCACCGAAUGCUCUUACAUCUCCCAAAUCGUUAAAUAUACCAUUUGAUUAUAGUGAUAUAUGAUAUAUUUAGUUAUUUUAAUAGAUGUUUUAGCAAUUCUUACCUUCAGCCCCUGAUCCAAUGCAUCCAUUCUCAGAGACCCAGUGGCAAGACACUUAACCAAAUCCUCAUAGAUUAUAAGCUUCUUUGAACAGGGCCUUCUUUACCUCUAAAUACCCCAUUUCUAUAAUUGUAAAACACUACUGAAUAUAUUGGUGCUUUAUUAAAACUAACCAUAAUUAUAACUACCAAUAGUGCAGGUUCUUUAUCUUGAUGAAGCUGCAGACAUUGCUAUCUUGGUGGUCAUCUCUCAUUUGAUCAUUUCAGCAGAAUACCCAGCAAAGGGUAAAAAGAUACAGUUCUGCACUUCUUACAAGUCAAUAACAUUCAUCAAAUGCACAACGAAUAAAUCAUGUAUGACCUAAUGACCGCUGAGCAACAGUCUAUUUGUCUCAUUAAAUUUUUUUAUUUUUUUUUUAAUAAGUAAGCAUGCAAGCUUCCGGAUAUCCACAAAAUCAAAUUUUCUAAGUCCGGCUACUAUUAAUUUUCGAUUAAAAUGUUUUAAAUAACUUUGGAUGAGAAGCACAAGUAUAAAAAAUGAGUUAUCAAAGAAAGCAGAUUACAAAUUAGUAAAAUGUAUUUUCCGAAAACUUUCUUCAGGGUGGAUUGUUGUUGAGAGAUUUGUGCACUGCAGCUGGCUUCCAGCCCUGUUUAGUGUGUCUGCCUGUGUUUAUGGUGAACCCUUUUCUCUUCUGUAAUGUUUUGUUGCUAUGCCGACCUCUAACAGGUGCCGGGUGUAAAUCUACCCAUCAGCCAGCUGACAUAUUUCUUCUCUGCAAUCUUCAUCAGUGGUGUCAUACAUGAAAUCGGGCAUGGAGUGGCAGCCGUAAGGUAAUGUGACUCCCUUCUUUCUAUCAACAGCAAAGUUAAUGUAGCAUGUUGUGUUCACAUCAAUAUUUCAUACACGGAGACAGCUAAUAAUGUACGGGGUCUGAAAUACCGAUGACAGUGGCAGGCGCUAUUAAGAUAGAUUUGGAAUUAAUGCUAAACUCCCAAGCUCAUGGCAGAUACCUGCAUUCACUCAGAGGCAGAUGCAUUAGGAGGCUAAAGUCUGUUUUGUAUGAUUAACAUCUUUUUUUGUAGUAAUUAAUUUUUUCGGUAAGAAUUUAGACUUUUUCUUUCAGUUUUUGCAAUAGUUUUGUUUAUGUUCGUAGACUGUUGGAAGUGGCAUCUUUUCUUAUUAAUUACCUGAGCUUUAUUACUCUCUUCUUUUUGAGUGCUCUUUGUAUUGAGUAUUAUGACCCAGUGAAAACCUAGUGAACAGUUUAGUUCUGUUGAUUUAUUGUCAUCCAGUAUGCGCAGGGUGACGACAAGGUUACUUUUAUCCAUUAAAGGACCACUAUAGUGCCAGGAAAAUAUACUCGUUUUCCUGGCACUAUAGUGACUUGAGGGUGCCCCCACCCUCAGGGACCCCUCCCGCCGGGCUCUGGGGAGAGGAAAGGGGUUAAAAUCUUACCUUUCUCCAGCGCCGGACAGGGAGCUCUCCUCCUCUUCUCCUCCCCUGCGCGCGCAUUCAGCCAGUCUCAUAGGAAAGCAUUCAUGAUGCUUUCCUAUGGACGCUUGUGUGUUCUCACUGUGAUUUUCACAGUGAGAAGCACGCAAACGCCUCUAGCAGCUGUCAAUGAGACAGCCACUAGAGGCUUUAGAGGCUGGAUUAACCUAUUUCUCUGAAACUGCUAUGUUUAGAAAAAAAUGGGUUAACCCUAGCUGGACCUGGCACCCAGACCACUUCAUUAAGCUGAAGUGGUCUGGGUGCCUAGUGUGGUCCUUUUUUUAAAACAAAUUGUGAAUGUUUGAAAAGCUUAUUAAAAAUAUGAAAUCAAGGCCUAAAUGAGUUGUAUGAGAUUUUAAGAAAAAAUACCUACCAUGCUAAUUUCACUAUUAAUUAUAUAUUAUUAUAAUAAUAAUAAUUAAUAACUAGUACUUGUAUAGCGCCUUUCUCCAAGUGGGACUCAAAGCGCGCUCUCGGAAUUAACCAAAUCGGCAGGUAAAUAGUAAUAGAUGUUAUUAUUACCCAAUUGAUGGUACUCAUUUUAUUGACCUCGGAAGGAUGAAGGGCUGAGUUGAUUUGAACCUGUGACCUUGCAUUUUUAACAGGCUUUGUAGUCAGGGAAUUUACCAACUGAGCUACCUCACCGUGACAUGCGUGACAACACAGGACACAAAGUCACCUGAUGUUACGUAACAUCUUAGGAGUUCCAUAACAUUUCCCCUUUAAAUGGGAAAAUUUCCUAAACUGUGUGUAUAGUAGCAUGUGCAUACCAGUGUGUCGUUUUCUAAGUUUUUGUAUGAGUGUGUUUGACUGUGUAUGCAUGUGUGUUGUUGAGGGCUGUUUUUUCUUCCCCCGGGGAUCCUAACAGUUGCAGUCCAUACAGGAAUUCCAAUCAGCACAACACUCCUACAGGCCUGCAGAAUUCAUUCAGACACAACACCACUGUGAGGUCCAAAUGAACUCUAAGUUGUUUGGUAUUACUUAAUCAGAUUAUAUAGGCAUCUGAUCAUGUCACAUUACAUCACAUUAUACAGAAGCAGCAAUAAUUUUGGACAGCUGUCAAAGAUAGUCUCAAGACAUAGUUCAUUGAUAGUUCAUUGCCUAAAUACAGACACUUGGCAAAAUUAGCAAAAAGGUCAGAAAGAGUUGCGGUUUGGUAAAUUCCUCAUUUUUAAAGUAUUAAUAUUCUAUAGAAAUUAAUAUAAGAUUAUGUUUAGUCAAAAGGUUAUACAUGUUUUAUAUGAAUAAUAUUUCUCAUAUGGAUAAUAUUUGUAAGUAGUUAUGAGCAAUAAAUCUCAAUAUGGAGAGUUAACAUAGAAUGAAGGAUUGGAUACAUGAUUUUAUCCUAUGCAUGUGUGUGUAUAUAGCAAUAUGUGUACUUUCCAUGUAUAAUAGAAGUGGAUAAUGUUGCCCUAUCUCUCUUACCACUCUCCCAGAGCCAUGCCAGAGAAAAAUACCAGCCUUUGCAUUGCUAGUAUUUUUGCAAUACUGGCAUCUGCCAGAAAGCCUCAAAUACCGGCCAGGUGGCAACCUUAAAGGGACACUAUUGUCACCAGAACAACUACAGCUUAUUUUAUUUGUUCUGGUGAGUAUAAUAAUUCCCUUCAGUCUUUUUGCAAUAAACACUGUCCUUUUAGAGAAAAUUCAGUGUGUACAUUUCCACUGGCCACUCCUCAGAGGUGCUUCCUGUGGCAGUGCAGCACAGUGAGCAGCACUGCCAUUCAAUGUCUCCUCCCUCUGUAUGAAGACACUGAACUGUCCUCACAGAGAUGCAUUGAUUCAACACCUCUCUAUGAGGAGAUGCUGAUUGGCCAGGGCUGUGUUUGGCUAGUGCUGGUUCUGCCUACUGGACAGUGUCAGUCAAUCCUAUGGAAAAGCAUUGUGAUUGGCUCAGAACAACACUUCUGAUGAUGUCAGCCAAGCAGGCAGAUAUGGGGCAGAGCUAGCAGAUCAGACUUGAAUACAAGUAAAUGUUUACUAUAUUUAGAGGGGCAGGGAGACUAGAUGAUGGUUUUUACACUGUAGGGUCAAGAAUACAUGUUUGUGUUCUUGACCCUAUAAUGUUCCUUUAAAUGUAUGAUCAGAUAAAUUAAAUUCUGUACAUAUUUGAAUCUUGUUCCUGAUCUUUACACUGAGCAUUGUAUUAUGUAAUGGUUAGUGAGCACAAUAAACUACGCUGGCAUAAUUUACCUGUCUAUUAAUGUAUAUAGUACAUUAAUAAAGCAAGCACUGUCAUAACUGUGUAGUUUAUUCAUCCUCGUCUGUGAAAUGAACGAUAAAUUGAAAUUUUCAACUUCAGUCAAAGUUUCCCAUUUGCCAAGUGGUUGUGGACAGUUUAGUAGAUUAGGUGACAAUAUCCAGUUUUGUUUUUAUUUGUCUUUUCCUUAACUUUCCUUUUUUUUUUUUUUACUUCAGCUGUCCAUCUCUCUAAUCCUGUAAACCAGAUAAUUUGUCCUCCUCCCCAUUUGCUUCCUGUGUAAUGCCCACAAUUUCUGAAAAGGUAUACACCGGGAUUACACAGAUGUGUCUCACUAUAACUUCCACCUAUGAGCUGUGCUACUCCACUGUGACUUUCCUGCAGCUCAUUUGUAAUUUGAAUAUGUACUGUUAUGUGUGUUAAUGCAUAUGCUUUGGUGUGAGUGAAUGCAUUUGAUUGAUAUUACAGUGGAACUUUGGCGCUCGAACUUAAUCCAUUCCAGAAGGCUGUUUGAGAACCGAUUUGUUCAAAAACCGAAUCAACAUUUUCCAUAAGAAUUAAUGUAAAUUUAGAUGAAUCUGUUUCAGACCCCCAAAAUUACAGAAUUUACAGUUUAAUAUUACCUUACAUGCAUAAAAUCAUACAGAAAAACAAUAAACCGAGUGUAAAUGAAAUGAAAAUGUAACUUGUCAGCUGUUUGAUGACAGAAUGGAUCUCAGUUCGCUUUGUCUUGUGGCCGAGGCCGGUGCGUCAUAGCAACAAGGUACCAAUGAGGUUAAUGCCAUGUGAUUUUGUUCUAAUACAGAGUUUUGUUUGGGUAUCAAGAAGUUUUUUUCUCAAAUUCUUUUUUUUUUGUUUGAAUACCGAAUUGUUCGGGUAAGGGAGUGCUCCAGUUCCGAGGCUUUAACUGUAUUAGAUUUGUAAAGUGCCAACGUUAUUCAGAGAAACAUUAAUUGGAUGAAAUAGGCAAGAGUUGAAGGCGGUGCAAUAUAAGACAAACUGGUAGGACACUGAAUAUUUAGCAUUUAGUAAAUGUAUCACUUUUAUAUAAUGUGCAAAACAUGGCUAAUGAGCUUACAAUCUAACUGAGAUAAUGGGGAGUGUGAUAGAAUCUAGGUGAUCUUAAUUAAAAUAUGCAGGAUGUGAAUGGCAGGCAACAACCAUUAACUGCUAUCAGGUCUGUAUGUUUGUUUUUUGUUUGUUUUUGUUGUGUUUUUAAUGUGUAUAUUUAUAUACGUGUGUGUGUGUUUAUAAUAAAAUGAAAAUGUUCGGCUUUAUCUGAUCCUGUGUUCAUGUUUUUCUAGGUAAUCCUUUUAAAAGCAUUUUAUUUUUAUUUUUCUUUAUUAGAGAAACUGUGCGAUUCAAUGGCUUUGGGAUGUUCAUCUUCAUUGUGUAUCCUGGGGCUUUUGUUGAUCUGUUGACAUCUCAUCUCCAAAUGGUUUCUCCAGUUCAGCAGUUGCGGAUAUUUUGUGCAGGUAGAUGAUAUAUACACACAUGUACUUUUUUUUUUUUUUUUUAAUUCUGGAUCACUUCUUUAUUUACACUAGUCGUGCAAGAUUACAGCAUGGCAGUUUAGAAACAAUAGCAUUUCACAAAUGAAUUGUGCAAGUCAGAUUGCUGACAAAUGUCUAGAUUAAUACAGAGGUGUAACUCCUGUAAUCGUGGGCAGAUCUGGUCAUGUAUUGUUUGAUGCUGCUCUAAAAUUAAAGGAAUCCUCACCCAGAAAAAACAAAAUAAUGUAACAAAAUGUAUACAUAACCGUAAGCUAUGCUUUAAUAGAUAGAGUUAUUCCAUCCCAAUGUCCUGGAGACAAUUGUAAAGCACUCGACAUUCAUCCUCAUUUCAUUUUGAGGUCUCCAGAACCCCAUCAAUUGCAUAGUUUUUCCAUAAUGCACAUUUUUUCACUUUUGUAUAAAAUAAAUAAACCAAUAGCAUUGUAACAAAACAAAUUAAACUGCAGCUAAAAUUAGCUAUACAUUUGCAGAAAAAUUCCGCUCCAGACUUUAACACCGUUCUAUAAAUGAUACCUUUUAUGAUUCAGAGCUAGGUUUUGAAGUCUGUCAGAAGGACCUUGUUUAUUUUCGUAUAAAGAUGUCCUAAUGCAUAAUGUAGGUGAUUGCUAUUUUCUUUAGUAUGCAGUCACAUUACACCAAUUUUAUACACAGCGUUUGUACUGGAUACGUCUGUUUAUCUGCUUAAUAACACAGGUGUUAAUAAAUCUGUGCCACACCGUUAUUUAGAAUAAAUGCCAAAGUGGACUUGUCACCAAAGGGAUAGGAGUGCCCAGGACAAAGGACAUUCCCACUCUUUAAAGGAGACUGUGUUUAUGUGCUGAAGGACAUUUGUAUCUGUAAAUAUUGUUAAAGAGACAAUUCAAUGCCCAAAUAGGCAAAAAGAAUUCACUGUUUAGUUGAUAUAACCCCAGUGAAUAUAUGCAUGCAUUUUUUCAUACAUGGAUUCAUUGAGGGUAUAUCUUAAAAGAGCUUGCAGAAUAUGAACAGUAGCCUUUCAAAGCACUCCCGUUUCUUCAAGAGGAAAUAGCCAACCAAAGGCUUCUGAUUUAGACGCUUUUAAAGCUUUCCUACAUUCUGAUCUGAGUUCUGACAAUCCGGUAUGCAGGGGGAGGCUCUGGUGAUCUAACAGAAGUAGCAAGCAAACUUACCUGGCUGUUUGACAACCAGAGAGUGUUUCAUUAAUUAAUUAUAAAAGUGCAGAUUUCUAAUGGAAAUUGCCACUUUUAUAAACUGCCAUUAUAAUGGGACACUCCUCACCCAUUAAGCACUUCAGCAAGCAUUAGGGGUGUAAAGUGUUUUUUUAAGAACAAGAUGGACUUGCAGCAAGGCUUGUAUAGCUUAGAAUAAGGACAAGUGCUGAGGCAGAUGAAAAUCCAAAACCAAGGAUAUCUUCCGUUUUCUGACAGUACGCCUGUUUAUUUGAUAGAAUACUUUGGUGCUGGUUAUCAACGUCCCAUAUCUUGUUAAAAAUAAUGAGCAACCUGGGUUUAAUUGGGCAUCUGGACUUGAACUGGACCGUAGCAUACAGGCAGACUCCAUAUGGUCAGUAUAGCCAUCAACAGCACGCUUUUUCUUUGAACGCUAUCACAGGGCAUAUAAGACUUGUCUAGAAUGCUCACCAGUAAACCUUCUAAAUGUGACCUAUUGGUUAUAAGGAAGUUCCAUCCUAAGUAACAGAAGUAACUGAAAUAAUUUAAAACCUCCAUAUUUGUACAGAAAAACAUAAGAUGUUUAAACUAGAGGCUUCGUUAUGCAGCACACGUGCCAUUGUCAUCUCUUCCAAGAGAGAGUUUAGGUCAGACCCCGUUAACUAUAAGGGCUACACCCAGGCAGUCACCCUUUUAACAGGGCUACAUGUACUGGGCCUCCAGGAGAAGAGAAGCUGAACUACCCUGGCUGUGCCUUUUCAAAAAGCAAGUAACCCUUGAAAAAGGAUUAAAAAAAACAUCCACAGGAAAGUGACUGAAUAAUCUAUCUGGCAGCAGGGGUAUUUAUAGCUUUAAUUGACUGUCCUAAACAGCCAAGUGAGUGGAGCUAAUCCUGUUGUGAUUAGCUCCACCCACUGCCAUGGAAUGUUUUCAUUUUUGCAUAUUUUUAAUAUUUUUUUAUUAGCUUUUAUUUAUUUUGAUUGCUGUGUAUAAUAAUAAUUCCUCGCAGUUUACCUUAGAAAUGUAAAGUUCAAUUUUAAAUGAUGGCAUGUGACCCAAAUUAGCAAAAGGAAUUUAAAAUUUUUUUUUUUUAAAUCCUUUGAUUGAGUUGGGACCUGAAAGGAACAAUGCAAUUAACAUGAUUUAUUAUACAUUAGCAGCAGCUUCAAGAGACAUUGCUAAAUUAAUAGGCAUUACAGCACGGCGGGGUGUACGUGACUGUAGAAUCUAAAACUGUUUCUUUUUCUGCAAUUAUAGGUUUGUGAAAAUUGUUCUGAAAGCUGAAUAAUAACCACUUUUAUGCCUAGGGCUUGGUCUUUUGCUCCAUUCUCCAUUCUUGGAUUCCACCUGUUCUCCUUAUCUAUAGGUUAUCUGCCCCAGGCCUUGCAAUACCUGAAUUGUGCACAUUUUGCAAAUGACACUAUCACCGUCUCAAAGAAACCAAAAAUACCACAAUUUGACGUUGUGCUGCAGAAGCAUUUGUCAAAGGUAGACCAGAUAACAACAAAAAAAUAAAACACAGAUCUUAAAAAAAAAAAAUUAUAUAUAUAUAUAUAUAUAUAUAUAUAUAUAUAUACUGAUACAUGAACGUUAAGUAAUUGUAAAGCUUUGUACAUGGGUUUACCUUAGUCCUUUGGAGUUAAAUGGCUGCUCCAAGCAUAUUUUGAUGUGGUCUUGUCUGUAUGUGCAACAACAAGAGUUCUGGGCUGGCAAAUGUCUGCUGUCUUCUCUUGUCUCCCAAAUGCUGCCCCAAUUUGUCCACUGAGCCUGUCCUCGUAGCAACGUCACCAAACAAGGAUUAGGCUUCCUGGGGGACUUGGCCUUUUUAAAAAAUGUUUCACCCCAACAUUUCUUUUUUGGGGUGGGGAGGGGCUGGGGGACCUGCAUAUUAAAGCAGCUCUGUCACUGUCUGGUGACAUGGCCGCUGGGAGUCUGCUAGCCAUGGGAGACCGGGAGCAGUGAGAUUUACUUAUCUCAACCUGCCCCUAACCAGCGCCUCCCAUCACCUCUUUUUCAGCUUCUGGUGCUUUAGCUGUAAGGAGCAGACAUUAGCGCUGUACUCUCAUGCAAAGGUGUGAGUACAGCAUUGAUGUGUAUGGAGUAUUCAGUGGUAUCCUUCAUUGAAAGAGCUUUUUUCCCUAUUUCCCUAUAGAUGUCACUGGUGCUGGCUGGGGGAAAUGACAAACUUGACAACAGGUAAUGCUGCCUUUUUGUCAAACUUAGGAAACAUACUUAGGCAAAUUAGUUCCUACUUUGUCGUAGUAUAUCUCUUGACUUGGUUUGAAUUCCAGUGAAAUUCCAACACAUUCAAUCUGAGUAUUUCAUAAAGAUUCAAUAUUUAUGAAAUACUUAUUUUUGAUAUGGGUAUGACUGAGCCGCUUUAAGGGUUAGUCUGACCAAAAUUAGUCUUUUAUUAAAACUGUGUUUUUGGUUAGAGUAACCCUGUAUUAUUGUUGUUAAACUGCCAUAAAUAUUUAUCCUAAAAUAACGGAUAUAUUUAAUAAUCUGUCCUGUUUUAAAUAAAGUGCUAAUGAAUGAUAAGGUGCUGGCAAAAAAGGAAUUGGAGAGACACACCUAGUAUAUGCUAGGUGAUUAAUAGUGAUGCUCUAAAUGCUAAAAUAUGCACAUUAUGGGAAUAGCAGCACACACAAAAGUCUACUUAAAGUCACCUGUCUUAAUGCAACACUCCUAGCACCAUACCCACUGUCAUAACCCCACAUUGUUAUUAUUAUUAUGUUAUGAUUGAUAUAGCACCAACAAAUUCCGCAGUGCUUUUACAUGUUUAGAAACAUUUUGGGCUUUAUAAGCGAUAAUCUAUUAAAAAGAAAUGUGUCCAACGUGUCCUGCAAACAAGCAUCUACACUAGCCUAAAUAUAUGACAGUAUAGAAGAAAGGAGGCAGUGGUAUGAAAAUGUGUUGAAUGUGACAGUGAAUAUAGAUAAAUGUAAAAGACAAGGGAGUGUAAAUUAAGUGGGUGAGAACACAUAGGCAAAGAAGGUGACAAAGAGUGCAGUAAGAAAAUUAGGUGAUAUGUUCAAAGUGUAGAAAAAAUAGUGUGUAUGGUGACAAAGGUAUUGUCAUUAAAAUGCUAAAGUGAGGGGGAUGGUUGCAAUAUAAAAAAAAAAAAGGAAAUUAAAGAAAUACAGUCUGGGAAUGCAGUAGUGAAGUGGGAAACAGAAAAAUUAAAAUGGACAGAUUGGAUAGAGAAUAAUCUAGACUAGAGCACACAUACAGAUAUAGACAGGGAUAUCUUGUUAGUGUUAGUAUUGGUGAAUGUGAGUGUUCAUGACAGGUAAUGUAAUGUUUUGGAAUGUUGUGUGAGUGAUGACUGAAUAAUGGGUGAUUAGUUCUGUGUGUCUGGUAUGUGAGGAGUGCUGUGUUUUUAUAUAGUAUUUUUAUUUUUAAUCAAAUUACAUAACAACCAGUUCAGAACAGAUACGGAAAAGGCACACUUGCAAAUGAAGAGGACAGAUAGAAACAUGGUUUCAUUUAAUGUCUUCUUUUUUGCUUUUUUUAUGCUAGUGGUCAGGUGCCAAGGAAACAUAGAAACAUAGAAUGUGACGGCAGAUGAGAACCAUUCGGCCCAUCUAGUCUGCCCAAUUUUCUAAAUACUUUCAUUAGUCCCUGGCCUUAUCUUAUAGUUAGGAUAGCCUUAUGCCUAUCCCACGCAUGCUUAAACUCCUUUACUGUGUUAACCUCUACCACUUCAGCUUGAAGGCUAUUCCAUGCAUCCACUACCCUCUCAGUAAAGUAAUACUUCCUGAAAUUAUGUUUAAACCUUUGCCCCUCUAAUUCAAGACUAUGUUGUGGUAGUUGUGGUAGUUUUUCUUCUUUUAAAUAUAGUCUCUUCUUUUACUGUAUUUAAAUGUUUCUAUCAUAUCCCCCCCCCUGUCUCAUAUUUCCUCCAAGCUAUACAUGUUAAGAUCCUUUAACCUUUCCUGGUAAGUUUUUUUUUGACAAUCUUUAUUUUCAAGUUUUAUCAUUUUUUCAAGGAAAGAUGUAGUAACGGUAUAACGUCAAUUUUAACAUCAGUGUUCUGAAUAGUUUAACAACAUUCGUCACCAUUGUUUUAACAUUCUCAAAACAGAUUUCUCAGACAAUAUUUCUAUAGUUUCCAUCACAUGCAUUAGGUAGGAUUAUUUAAGGUCAAGUUUCUAGUCUCGCAUCCCCACUGGUCUACAAUGCGCAGUUUAUUGCACCUAUGGUGUGCGCUUUACGUGUAGGGUAUGUAUCGGUAUCUAGUCUGGGUGCUGUGGGGGGUAAGUUUUCUGACACGCUACAUUUCUCAUUUCACGUUUCAUACCAAUAGUGUCAGGAGCCUUUUUGUCGCUUGACAUGUAUAUAUAUAUAUUGUUGGGCAUGGUAUAGGGCCACGCUAGCGAGAGAAGAUAUUUUGAGUGCCUUAACUCCUCCCCAGACUACUCAGCACUUAUUAACAUUCAAGGCCAUCUUGUUGCCUGGUUGAGAGCAAAGUGUGAUGGUUUUGGUUAAGUUCCCCACUAUUGUGGGUUGGCAGCUAGUGUAUAUUUUUGUAUGCCUAUCGCUAUAGCUUGUCAUAUGGGAGGAUACUCUGGGUAUCAGUCUAGGAGGCCAGGAGGGGAUAUUUUCAUGCCGGUAUCAGCUCUAGGUUGGGUCUCGGUUUCCUGUGUGUUUUACACCUGUGAUUACAGUGGGUGUGCGUAUUGAUAAGCCCCAUUUACGAGCUCGUCAGAGUCGGUCGUUGGGGUUCUGUCCAAUGUCCAGUCUCGGGAAAGGGUCAGGAGGUAGGGGACCUUGGAGGGAGGGGUAGCCGGGUGGCUUAGCUCUGUAUGAGUCGGUCAACUGCGGGCCUCUGGGGGGCCGUGUUUGGGUUUGCUAAUCUGUUGGCUAGGUAUGUUUCCCAAGGGUACCAGGUCAGUGCACAUUGCUCCUGUCUACCGUGUAGGUCUGCAGUUAAGGACUCCAUUGAGUGGAUUUCUUCCACCCUUGUCACCCAUUGCUGGAGGGUAGGCGCCCCCCUCUGUUUCCACAUCACUGGAAUAAGGGCCUUUGCCGCGUUGAGUAGUGGCAGCAAGAGGGAUUUCUUAUAUGUCUUAACGGGUGUGGGGGUGUGGUGUAAUAGCAUCGUUAGGGGUUCUAGGGUUAGCUCCGCACCUGUGAUUUUGUUUAUCUCUACCCUGAUCCUCUCCCAGAAUGUGGUAAUCUCGGGGCACUGCCACCAGAUGUGGAAGUACGUGCCGGUGUGCAAGCCGCAUCUCCAGCAGGUGUCCGGGGCACCUACGUUCAUGCGAUUGAGUACGUCAGGGGUUCUGUACCAGCGUGUUAAAAUUUUGUAGUUCAGCUCCUGGUACUUGGAGCUGAUAGAGCAUUUGUGUGUGAGAGUGUAAAUCUUGUCCCAGUCUUGCACAGUAAGGACUUCCCCCGAGUCUCUCUCCCAAUGAUCUUUAAAUUUGAGCACCACAUCUUCGUUAGUUUGGGUCUUGAGUAUGGUAUGUAUAGUGGAGAUACCUCUGUGUACGUGUGUUCGGUGUACGCACAGGUGUUCAAAGCUGGUGAGGGGUCUAGUCAGGUGUCCUCGACCAUGUAAGGACAUGAAGUACGUCUUAACUUGGUGGUAUCUGAAUUGUUCGAGUAUCGUCGGUGGUCUAUCUGGGCAGAGGUUUCUGAGUGGUUUAAGUCCCUGAGUGUUGAGCCAUUGGUGCAGGUACAUCCAGUCUGCCUGCUGGAGGCCGGCUAGGUCUUGUGGGGUUAGAGCAUCGGCCAGGUCUGGGUUAUGUGUGAUGGGUGUCAAGGGGCUAGGAGAACUUGUGAGUUGCAGUCGGUAGCGUAUAGCUAUCCACACUCGGAGCGUGGCGUCGAUUAGUGGGUUCUCGGUGUGCAGGUCAGUGUAUGUGGCUGUAUGUAGCCAAAGCCUAGAGGGUAUUUUUCUAUCAGUUUGUUCUAGCUCAAUGGUCACCCAUUGUUUUAAUGGGUGUUGUGCGUGCCAGUCCGUCAGUCUGUGCAGGUGAGCGGCGCGGUAAUAUGUCUCUAUGGAGGGCAGUCCCGUGCCCCCCAUCAGUUUUGGUAGUUCCAGGGUUGAUUUUUUUAUUCGGGUUGGGCGAGAGUUCCAGACGAAUCUGCGGAUGGCAGUCGUCAUAGAGCUAAAAAAGGCUCUGGGGAGAGUAAUUGGCACUGUUUGGAAUAGGUAGAGUAUCCUGGGUAAUACGUUCAUUUUAAUCGCAUUGAUACGUCCGAACCAGGAGAUGUAAUAUGGGGUCCAUUUCUUAAGGUCCGUCUGAAGUGAGAGUAGGAGGGGGAGAUAGUUAUGGUGGUAUAAUUGGGACGGGUCUUUGGUCAGCCAUAUGCCCAAAUAUUUUAAUUUAGUUUCGCACCAUUUAAACUUGUAUUGGGUGUGAAGGUGUGUUGGGGGGCCUGUAGGGGGUGGGAGGUGGAGAGCCUCGGACUUAUCCGUAUUAAGUUUAAGAUUAGAGAGUGCCCCAAACUCUCGGAAAGAUGCUAGGAGGUUGGGCAGCGAGAUCAAUGGCUGUGUAAGAAAGAACAGCAUAUCGUCUGCAUAUGCGGCUACCCGGUAUUCGUGACGACCAAGGUCAAAUCCAGAGAUUCCCCCAUUCCGUCUGACCGCCCCCAGAAAUGGUUCCAGGGAGAGGGCAAACAGGAGGGGGGAGAGCGGGCAUCCCUGGCGGGUGCCAUUCCUGAUAGGGAAAGGGGUUGAAAGUGCCCCGUUAAUGCGGAUCCUCGCAGUGGGGCACGUGUACAGUGAGAGCACCCAGGCCAGCAUGUUGGGGCCGAAUCCCAUGUGUGUAAGGGUACUCCUCAGAUACGCCCAGCUCACCCUGUCAAAAGCCUUUUCGGCAUCGGUGGAAAGUAGUAGAAGUUCUCUACGGCGCGCUCGUGCUAUGUGUAGGAUGUUCAAGGCCUUAAUCGUGUUGUCUCUCCCUUCCCUACCCGGGAUAAACCCCACUUGAUCCGAAUGUACCAAGUGGGGGAGGUGUUUUGCGACUCUCAGGGCAAUGGCUUUUGCGAAUAGUUUCAGGUCUGCGUUUAGUAGCGAUAUGGGGCGGUAGCUCGCGCAAUUCGUCGGGUCCUUGCCCUCUUUUGGUAUUACAGUAACUAUGGCUGCUAACGUGUCUGGGGGAAAGCGCCCCCCCUCCAGUAUGGAGUUGAGGCCCAGUAAGAGAUUUGGUAAUAAGAUGUCCCUGAACGUACGUAAGUACAUCAGGGGCAGUCCGUCAGGUCCAGGGGCCUUAUGGGAUUUGGAGAUUUUUAGGGCUGCCGCCAGCUCCUCCAUGGUGAGGGGUUGGUCUAGGUCGUCCCGCAUUUCCGCGGUCAGCUUGUUAUCUAUAUUUUGUUCCAGGAAUUCAGUAAUUUGGCGGGUCUGUCGUGCGCGGGCAGCGUCAGUGUUAGGUUGGGGGAUAUUGUAUAGGUCCGUGUAGUAGUCUACGAACGCACGCUGAAUUCCAUCCGGCAUUCGGGUUUCAGCUUUGUCACUGGGCUUAAUUUUGUGUAUGUGGCUCGCCAUCCGACGGUCACGGAGCUGGCGGGCUAGCAGUCUGCCACUUUUGUCCGAGUGCUCAAAAAAGAACCGGGCCGAUUUUCUAAGGGUGCGUAGGAGACCCUGAGCUAAUAUGUCCCUUCUCUGUCUCCGGAGCGCUGUUAGAUGGAGGAACGUGUCUUCGUCCUGACUUUGUUUAUGAGCUUGCUCUAGGUUGGCUAUUUGAGUGUUUAAUGUUAUCAGCUUUCGUGUAUGUUCUUUCUUCCGUUGUGUACAGACCUUAAUAUAGUGUCCCCGUACUACACACUUAUGUGCUUCCCAUACCGUCAAGGGCGAGACAUCGGGGGUUGUGUUAGUGUCGAAGUAUUGUGUUAGAGUUUGCCUAACCGGGUCAGUGUCACCCAGGUUAAGCAGCAUAUUCUCAUUUAGCUUCCAGUGCCUUUCCGCUGGUUUGUGUAGUGGGGAUUGGAUCUGGGCUGAGACCGGGGCAUGAUCGGACUCCGCAAUCAGGCCUAUGCUAGCCUUGCGGAGUAGUGUCAGGGCUUCCUGUGCCAUAAAGAUAUAGUCAAUCCGACUGUAUCUCUGGUGUACAGCUGAGAAAUAGGAAUAGUCCCUGCCAUCAGGAUGCGCCGCCCUCCAGCAAUCCACUAGUCCACUCCUUGUCAGAGCUCUCCCGACUGCGCGUAUGCAAUGACCUGGUAUUGAGCUUUCUCCCCUUGAGGUGUCUAAUCUGGCAUCUAACGGAGUGUUAAGAUCUCCUGCCAUAAUUAGUAAGCCCUCUCUGAACUUGUUGAGCAAAGUGAGUGUUUUAUUUAGGAAGACAUGUUGGUUACGGUUCGGUGUAUAGAGGCAUGCGAAUGUGUAGGGAUGUUGUGCUAUGGUUCCUUUAAUGAAUAAGUAUCUACCGCCUGGAUCUAUUCGUUGCUCUGUGCAUACGAACGGGACAGUAUAUGAAAAGAGGAUCGCCACCCCCGCUUUUUUUUGGUCGGCAUGGUUGGAGUAAUAACCUGUGGGGAACCUUCUGUUUUUCAGGGUGGGGGCCUCCACUCCUUUAAGAUGCGUUUCCUGCAAAAACGCCACCGAGAUGCGUUCCGCCCAAAGAGUACUGAGUAGCUGAGACCGCUUCUCGGGUACGUUUAGACCUCUAACGUUGUUCGACCACAGGUUAAGCGGUGCCGGCACAUAGUUAGUGCCCAUCCCUAGCUGUGCGUGGGAAGGGGUAUGGGUAUGUCAGAGUAUCACGGGGUAAGGUUCGGGGGGGGGAAGUAGGGUAGUCCAGUCAAAGUCAGGGCAGGUUAGUGGGUCGGGAUCUAGGUGACUACGACUCGCCUCGGGGUCAGUCGCUUCCCAGUGUCUAUUCCCUUCGGGGUAUGUCACCAGAGUAGCCCCCGAGGGUUUGUACAGUGUGAGUCUGUCACGUGAGGUACGUGGGUCGUCCGUUCUUGGGUGAACCGUCGUCUGGAUCGCGCUGCUCUCACGGCACCCAGCCCACUGUAUUUGUUUAAUUGGAAUUUUCCCCUGUGGGUAUGGUGAAGUAGUACGAGGGUACCCCCUCCCAUUAUCCCUUUUCCUCUCUGUUCUUGAGGGUCUGAGUAUUGCGUGUCUAGUCGGUAAUCGGGCCCUGUAGUUACCUAACGGGUCCGGCCUCCCAGGGUGUACCCGCCCCGGCCUAGCCCCCUUGGCUUCGUGGGUUCAGGCGUGUUACCUGCCCCCUUGUGUAGGUGUGUGCCCCCCUAGGAGUGGUAUAAAGCAUGUGAACUUAUUCAAUAACAAUAACAAGUACAACUGUAAAGACCAGACCACCGCCUCUGGCGUUCCCCGUUCCCCCCUCCCAAGGAACCAUACCCCCCUCCUCUGCUCCCUAUUCCAGCUGGGGGAAGUGGAGUCCUCUCCUGCCUGUUGGCUUGCUAGUCCCUUCUGGGGAUGGGCGGAGCUUGGGUCUCGGGGCCCUCUGGGUCAUCAUGGGACUGUCCAGACUUUAUCCUGGGGUGCCAUUCAAGUAGUUGGAGUCCGCCAAUGCCUCCCCUCUACCCCAACCACCUAAAAGGGGGGAUUCUAUGGGCCAGAGCCCGAGUCUGUAUAAAUCUGGGGGGGAUCCCCUCCAUGUCAUCAUCGUCCCCGGGUGGUACCCGAUCCCCAUAAAUCCCGCCACCCCAAGAAAUAUGUGGCCCUCCAUAGUCUCAAGUCCCUGCCACUCUGACUUGUGCGUAACUGCUACGGGCCCAGGGUAGGGGUGUAAGUACAUACCCAGCGUUGUGUCAGCUUCUGCUUACGGAGGUUGUUUCUUCGCAUCAACCUUGGGGGGAGCGGUCCGGUGGUCCGUCUCACUGCGGCGUGGUUUCUGGGGUUGAAUGGGGGUGUGAAAACUGGGGUAUUCCUCCGUCGGUGGGUGCGCCGGUCGCUGCCCCCUAGGGCUCUUGAAUCUGCUAUUCUUCAUGGCUAUCCGGGCCACCUCUGCGGUACCCAGUUCCUGUAAGGCCCGUACCCGGCCUGAUAUUUGGAGCGUUUGGGCGUUGCGGCUGUCUCUCCAGGACCCAAUUUGGGACUGCCACCGCUGGGAGGUUCGCGGCUCGGAGGAAGCGUGGCACAUCAGCUGGCCAGCGUAUGAUAUGCCAUAUGUUGCUCACCUUUGCCUGUAAGCUAAAGGGGAAUCCCCAUUUGUAUUGUAUCCGCCGUUCUCUAAGCAGGGUGGUUAGCGGUCUCAGUGCCCUUCUCGCUUCCAGGGUGAGUACUGAGAGAUCCUGAUAUAGGGAAAUCUGGGCGUCCAUGUAGGUGAGGUUUUGUUGGUUUCUUGCUUCCCUCAUGAUCUCGUCCUUUAACGAGUAGGAGAGCAGGUAGCAGAUUACGUCUCUAGGCGGUCCCUCAGCGGACACGGGGCGCAGGGCUCUGUGUGCACGUUCUAUUCCAAAGUCUGCAGGGGCCCUGUCCCCUAGUAUGUGUGUGAACAGACCCAGCAGGAGCUCUGGUAGUGCUUCCCCAGCUGUUUCAGGGAGUCCCCUGACGCGAAUGUUGUUCCUCCGUCCGCGGUUGUCCAAAUCUUCCAGAUUCCUUCUUAACUCCAGCAGGACAUUGCCUUGUCUAGUAGUGGCUGUGUCUGUGGCUUGGCGGUGUUGUAUUAUUUGGGCACGUUCUGCCUCUAGUUCCUCCACCCUGCGUUCCAGUGCUGUCAGGUCUCUCCUCACCUCCAUGACCUCCUCUCUGAUUACUGCCCUAAUUUCAGCCAGCAGGUCGGUCUUAUCUGCCUUGGACAUCAUGUUUGCAGAUAUUGUGGCCAGGUCUGCUGCAAUUUGGGUCAGUGACUCCUCUCUGGCUGGGCCUGUUGCUGGGCUGUCUGAGCUGCUGGCGUCUGGUGAGGGAGGCGCCAUUUUGGCCGCGGCCUGGUGCGCCCGCAUGUCUCGCGGCGUUCCGAGGUACCCGUCCAUGGGACCCGCUAUGCGGCUCGGUGAGCCCGUUUGUGAGGGGCCAGGGGUGAGUAGCCUCUUUGUCUUACCCAUCUCGGGUCUAUUCGUGCUCGUUUAUCGGUGCGGUAGUGAGCUGGGGCCUAGGAGCUGCAGGGAGAUGCGUCUCACUCCAUUCCCGGUCAGGCCACGCCCCCCCUCCUGGUAAGUUUUAUCCUGCAAUCCAUGAACCAGUUUAGUAGCCCUUCUUUGAACUCUCUAAGGUAUCAAUAUCCUUCUGAAGAUACGGUCUCCAGUACUGCGUACAAUACUCCAAGUGAGGUCUCACCAGUGUUCUGUACAAUGGCAUUAGCACUUCCCUCUUUCUACUGCUAAUACCUCUCCCUUUACAACCAAGCAUUCUGCUAGCAUUUCCUGUUGCUCUAUUACAUUGUCUGCCUACCUUUAAGUCAUCAGAAAUAAUCACCCCUAAAUCCCUUUCCUCAGAUGUUGAGGUUAGGACUCUAUCAAAUAUUCUGUACUCUGCCCUUGGGUUUUUACAUCCAAGAUGCAUUAUCUUGCACUUAUCCACAUUAAAUGUCAGUUGCCACAACUCUGACCAUUUUUCUAGUUUACCUAAAUCAUUUGCCAUAUGGCUUAUCCCUCCUGGAACAUCAACCCUUUUACAUAUCUUAGUAUCAUCAGCAAAAAGACAUACUUUACCAUCAAGACCUUCUGCAAUAUCACUAAUAAAAAUAUUAGAGGUACCCACUGGUGACAAGUCCAAGCUUCCAAGGACAGCACUUACAGCAAAGACUGACAGCUAAGAUGGAGGUGCCCAGUUGCAGGGAAAUAAAAUGUAGAGUUCAUUAUAUUUUAUUUUUCACACCUUUUAAUUGCGUCUUUUGUUAAGUACAGGGAUAUGUAAUUAUGAUGUUUAAAAUUAUUGAAGUGAUAGCUCGCGUAUAAUCAGUGCAAUACAAUGACCACUAGAUGGCAGGGUAAUACUGUUUUUAGUGUGCAAUUUUUUUGUCAAUCGUUCUUUUAAUGAUGGUUUGAGUAAAGCAAGUUGUAGUAUAACAGGAGUAAUAUCGCAUAAGAUGAUUAAACCUAUUUUUUUUGUUAUAGUAUAGCACUGACAUGAUGGCAUAUUACAAAAACAGAACUGACACGUAUAAAGACAACUCUUAUAAGAUAAAGAUUAUAAGUUGCUUAGCACUAUGCUGGAACAUGUGAUGGUGUGUGUUCUUGUAUAAAACAGUCCCAAAAAUAGCAGGAUUUCUUGGGUUAUAUGGGUAAUAUUAAAGAUAAGCUGAGGAGCUGCUUGUUUAGAAGUCAGGCCUUACCCCUCAGUGUAAUGUAACAAUAAAAAUGUAAAUGUUAAAUAUUGUUGUUAUUAUUGGUCAUAUACAGGUAUAAUCAAAAUUAUUCAACCCCCAUUGAAAAUCAGGUUUAUUGUCAAAAUGUACAGACUUUGUUGUUUGCCAUGAACAAAUCAAACAAAAGCAAUUGAAAUAGCUCCACACAAUGAAUGUUUUAAGUGGUUUCCCCAAAUUCAACUGAAAACGCUGCUGUAAUGACUUCUCCAGUCUCAGAAUUAUUCAACCCCCUGAAUAGAAUCCCUCAAAAGAGCACAGAUAUGUAAAACAGGUGUUGUCUCAAGCACACCUAAUGCAACUAAUCAAAGGGCUUCAUUAGUUGCACCAGGUGUACUUGAGCUGGAACAGGUGAAAUAUAUGAACUGGCUAGCGGUUUGUUGAGUGUCACAUUUGACUGCAUGUUAGAAAUAAGUAAAAAGAAUUUUCCACAAAGUUAAGAGACAAGAUCAUCGCCCUUCACAAACAAAUAGCAGGAUACAAAAAGAUAGCGAAGGCACUGAAUGUAGCUAGAGACACUGUUGGAGACACAGUUUUCAAGUUGAAGGAGUCAAAGUUGAAGGAACAGCAGUUACACUACCUGGCAUGGCCAUGUUUUUGUUUCUUUGCUCCCUUCCCCAAACAGUUUUGACAGUCGGGAGACUUCUGUGUGGACUCUUUGCAUCACAGUCAGUCCACUGAGCUUUAUGUUGUGUUGCCUUACAUGGAGGUUAAAUGGACAUUUCACUGCCCAAAUACAAAAAAACAAUUAUGGUUUAGUAGUUAUACCCCCACUUCGCAGGAGCUGAUCAGAAUGGUGUAUUGUCAGCAUCUGUACUAGGCUCCACCCCUGUAAAAAAAAAAAAAAAAAAAAUUGCUUCACGGCCCCAGAUACGGUCUUAUAAAUCUUUCCAAUUUUUUUAAUUGUAUGAUUACAGGUUGAAUAACAAUUGCCUAUGUCUUAUAAUGCCUGUUGGCUCAAUGUGCACCUAUUCUAUCAUUCAAUAAAACUUUACAUUUCUGCAUGUGUUAUAACAAAACAAAUUAUAGCUUUUUGAGACUGCCAUCUUAAAGCAAAGUUAUGUGGCCACUUCCAUUUUGUGCAGACCUGUUAAUCAUAUAUGACCAAUUUCCUUAUAGCCCCUUCACUACCAAGCACGUCUGUUAAAAAUAAAAUAAAAUGAGUGUGUGUGUGUGUGUGUGUAUAUAUAUAUAUAUAUAUAUAUAUAUAUAUAUAUAUAUAUAUAUAUAUAUAUAUAUAUAUAUGUAUAUCUUCCUAUAGUGUUUAUUUGAAAUACCCAUACAUGUAGGUUAAAUUACCAUACCCAUACAUGUAGGAUGUGCAAAGUUGAGAGAUGCAUAAUUACUAGUGUUGUUGGGUGUAGCUUGUGUUUUCUAUUAACAGGUAUGUUAAGGAGGAGGAUGACCUUUAGAAAUUCUAUGCCUAAAAUUGCUGUGUGAGGGGGAAAAAAGAUGAAAGUACUGAAGUAUUCUGCCUAUCUGUGACAUUUGUAAAAAUGCAGCAUCAUUAAAAUACCAAUGACAUUUACAACUGAAACAAAACACAAUACUUUAAUAUAAAUAAAAAUACCAACAGACUGCAAGAAAGUGUACAUGAUGCCUAUAUACGGUACUGACUGCAAUUACAUUAAACCAUGUACUAGAAGACCGAGAAGUCUGUCUUCUCUACAUUGUGUUAUAUUCCUUAUUCCCUGACUGUUAGGAUGCUGAAUGAAUCCAUUUUUAAAUUUAAACUUGUUUACAAUAUAUGAGGACUUAAAAGGGUGUAUUAAUUGUAGGUCAGUAAAGGGCCCAGAAUGGAGUAUUGCUUGGGGGGAAAAAAAUGUUUAUCGGAUGGCAAGUGAAAAUGUGUAUAUUUGAGUUUCGUGGUGAAAAGCUUGAGAAAUUUGUGAAAAAAGUAACAAAUGGCCAAGCACAAAGAAGCAAUCUAGGCACCAACAUGACUACAGCUCAGUGUAGUGGUUAUGGUGCUGAAAUUCCAUGGGUGUCCAUAGACUGUCCUACAUCAGACACACUGGUAAUUCAGAACCUUCUAAACAGAAGGAUAGGCAGAUUGUGCUGAGCUAGUCUGUUCCUACUGCAUUUAUUUACAAAGUGAUUCUUCAAUGUGUUCCAUUUAACAUUACCUCGUUUUUGUUAUUUAUUGUGUCUAAUUACCAUCACUCUCUGAAUAUGUCUUCUGCCACUGUAAUUGCAGGAGUCUGGCAUAAUUUCAUCCUUGGAGUGAUUGGCAUCUUGAUAAUAUUUUUGCUUCCUGCCUUGCUGUUUCCAUUUUACUAUACAGGAGUUGGUGCCCUAAUCACAGAGGUUGUAGAGGUAAGGAAUUGUGUGUAAUUCCAUCUCUUUCUGCUUUUCUGUAAUUUUUCUAACAGAGUUUUAGCAAGGAACAUAAUUACCUGCACAUUUUUAUCUACAGUCAUUGGGAAAAUAAAGUACACCCUAUUUGAAUUCUGUAGUUUUACAUAUCAGGACAUAACAAUCACCUGUUCCCUAGCAGGUCUUAACCCCUUAAGGACGGAGCCAAAUGUACACGUUGUGAACGAAACAAAAUGUAAACAAAACCUGGCAUUUGCGCCACAUGUCUGUCCAACCGUAAUUCACCUCUUUCAUAUUAAAUGCACACACCCUUAUUAUAUAUCAUUUUAUUCAGGGGAAACAGGGCUUUCAUUUAAUAUCAAAUAUUUAGCUAUGAAACAUAAUUUAAUAUGGAAAAAAAUGGGAGAAAAUAAGAUUUUUUUAAUUUUUUUUUUAGUUCUACAUGACAUUUUAACGGUCAAUGUCAUAAUACUGUUUGCUUUUACUGCAGUAAAAUUCAGCAAAGUCUCACGUGAAAAACAGUACCCCCUAUGUACAGGUUCUAUGGCGUUUUGGGAAGUUACAGGGUCAAAUAUAGCAUGUUACAUUUGAAAUUGAAAUUCGCCAGAUUGGUUACGUUGUCUUUGGGACUUUAUAGUAGCCCAGGAAUGAAAUUUACACCCACAAUGGCAUACCAUUUGCAAUAGUAGACAACCCAAGGUAUUGCAAAUGGGGUAUGUCCAGUCUUUUUUAGUAGUCAUUUGGUCACAAACACUGGCCAAAGUUAGCGUUAGUAUUUGUUUGUGUGUGAAAAAUGCAAAAAACGCCAAUUUUGGCCAGUGUUUGUGACUAAGUGGCUACUAAAAAAGACUGGACAUACCUUGGGUUGUCUACUAUUGCAAAUGGUAUGCCAUCAUAGGGGUAAUUUUCAUUCUUGGGCUACCAUAGGGUCUCAAAGGCACCGUAACCAAUCUGGCGAAUUUUAAUGUGAAAAAAAUGAAACGCAAGCCUUAUAUUUGACACUGUAACUUUUGAAAACACCAUAAAACCUGUACAUGAGGGGUACUGUUGUACUCGGGAGACUUAGCUGAACACAAAUAUUUGUGUUUCAAAACAGUAAAAAGUAUCGCAGCAAUAAUAUCGUCCGUGUAAGUGCUGUUUGUGCAUGAAAAAUGCAAAAAAUUUCACUUUUACUGGCGAUAUCAUCGUUGUAAUACACUUUACUGUUUUGAAACACUAAUAUUUGUGUUCAGCGAAGUCUCCCGAAUAGAACAGUACCCCCCCAUGUACAGGUUUUAUGGUGUCUUGGAAAGUUAUAGGGUUAAAUAUAGUGCUAGCAAAUUAAAUUCCCUUUACUUUUGGCAUGGGUUGUCAGGCAGGUCCCGCUAAUUGUAAUUAAUUAAGAUACCCAAUUAUGUAAAAAUAUUACAUAAAUAUAUAUGUAGAAUUAAUAUAUAUGUGUGUGUGUACCGUAACCAAUCUGGCGAAUAUAUAUAUAUAUACACAUAUAUAUGUAUGUGUAUAUAUAUGUGUGUGUGUGUGUGUGUGUGUGUAUAUAUAUAUAUAUAUAUAUAUAUAUAUAUAUAUAUAUAUAUAUAUAUAUAUAUAUAUUUUAUUUUUUUCAAAUAUUUUUAUUUAUAUAUAUAUAUAGAUAUAUACGUAUAUAUUUAUGUAUGUAGAUAUAUAUAUUAUUUCGUUCUACGUGUGUUUAAAAAAAAAAAAUAUAUAUAUAUAUAUAUAUAUAUAUAUAUAUAUAUAAUCACAAUACAGUUAGAACGAAAUAACACACAUCUAUAUAUUUUUUAUUUUUUUUUAUUUUUUAACGUAUUUACAUAUUUAAUUUUUUUAUAUUAUCUAUAAAUAUAUAUAUAUAUAAUCAGUAUCAGUCUACGUGUAAUUUAAUAUUAAUAUAUAUAUAUAUAUAUAUAUAUAUUAAUAGUAAAAUACACCUAGACAGUGUACGUGUGUGUAUGUAUAUGUGUGUAUAUAUACUUAGAUCAUAUAUAUAUAUAUAUAUAUAUAUAUAUAUAUAUAAUAUAUAUAUAUAUGAUCUAAGUAUAUAUUAUUAUUUUUUUACACUAUUUAAUUUAUUUUAAUUUUAUUUCUAGCCAGCAGGGGGACCACCUGUCAUUACAGGCAGCCCCCCUGCUGGCAAUGCUGCAGCCAGCUAUCCCGGCCAUGUGAUUGUGAGGUCCUCGCAAGGACCUCACUCUCACAUGGCCGGGGGGGCUGCAGGAGGAAGAUCUGCUGCGGGGGGGCUCCCCCCAACCGCGAUCACCGGCGCACAGAAAGACCGGAGGACGUACUAUUACGUCCGGCGGCGUUUAGAGCCGCCUAUAAUAGGGCAUAAUAGUACGCCCUCCGGUCUUAAGGGGUUAAAAUAGGGUAAAUACAACCUCAGAUGAACAACAACACAUGACAUAUUAAUUAAACUGUGUUAUGAUGUCUUCAACAAAAAUGAAGUCAAAAUGGAGAAGCCAUGUAUAAAAAAAAAACGAAGUAGACAUUACUGCUUGCAUAGGAAGGGACACUAUAUAGUCACCCAGACCACUUCAGCUCAAUGAAGUGGUCUGGGUGCCAGGUCCAUCAGGUUUUAACCCUUCAGAUACAAACAUAGCAGUUUCAGAGAAACUGCUGUGUUUACAUUUGGGGUUAAGCCAGCCUCUAGUGGCUGUCUUCCAGACAGCCACUAGUGGCACAUCUGCGACGCUGGAGGCAUGUUAUGCCUCCAUCGCACAGAGCGUCCAUAGGAAAGCAUUGAGAAAUGCUUUCCUGUGGACACUUUGAAUGCGCGCGCGGCACUUUCCACGCAUGCGCAUUCGGCUCCUGUAACGUCGGCCGGGGGAGCUGACGUCAGAGUGGGAGGAGAGUUCACCAGCGCCAAGGGACCACGGCACACGGCACUGGCACUGCUGAAGGGGAGGGGGACCCUGAGGGUGGGGGCACCCUCAGGGCAUUAUAGUGUCAGGAAAACCGCUUUGUUUUCCUGACACUAUAGUGAUCCUUUAAGAAGUAGCAGACAGGGAGUGUUAACACAAUACCAAGGAUGGAAUACAUCAGCAAUGGUCUUAGAAAAGCAAUUGUUGCUGCCCAUCAACCUGGAAAACGUAAUAAGGCAAUUUCCAAACAAUUUAAAGUCCAUCAUUCCUCGGUGGGAAAGGUUAAUGAAAAGUGGAAAACAUUUAAGACCGUUGCCAAUCUUCCCAGGCGUGGACGUCCCAGCAAAUUCACCCAAAGGUGAGACCAUGCAAUGCUCUGAGAAAUUAUGAAAGAGUUGUAUAUCAGACUCUCCAAGCCCCAGUUAGCAUGUGAAAUGUUAAGACUGAACAAGUAGGGCAGGGUUCGACAAAUCCUGGCUAAGAAUUUUUCUCUGGCACCUUGGUGUUUGUCAGCCUGUUCGACAGCUGCGGAAUUAGCAACCCUCGCACCUUCCCGGUUGCCGGCUAAGGGAGAGUGGUGGCAGACAGAGAGGGAGCUUUAAUCUUUCUGUUCUGCUCCUUUGCGUGUUCUGCAGUGAUGUCAGCAGCCCGAAUAUGAUAUUACUUGAGCGCCGUCAUCACUAAACAUUUUGCGAGGGAGCGGAGCAGGAAGAACUUGAAGUUUUCAGCCCACCAUUACACUGGAACUCUGAGAGAGAAUCCACUCCAGCUCUCCUAAAACUAGGGAAGCUUGGUGGACUUAAAGAAAAAAAAAACUAUUUGUGAGUGUUUCAGUGAGUGUGUCAGUGAGAGUGUUUCUGUCUGUCAUUGAGUGUGUCUGUUUAGGUGAUCAGCUCUCUCUGAUCGCAUGGGAAAGGCGUUUUUACUCACCUUUUCUCCCACUCCUUGUUGGUCUCAAUAUGGCUGGCCCUGCUUCCAUAGCUGAGAUCAUCAAUUUUGAUGAUCUCCGCCAAACCAAUGCUUUCCCAUAUGGCUGAUGAUUUGGGCUUGUUUUGUAGCCACAGAACCUGGGAACCUUGCAGCCAUUGAGUCGACCAUGAACUCCUCUGUGUACCAAAGUAUUCUAGAGUCCAAUGUGAGGCCAUGUGUUUAACAGCUAAAGCUUGGCUGAAAUUGGCUCUUGCAACAGGACAAUGAUCCCGAGCACACCAGCAAAUCUACAACAGAAUGACAGAAAAAUAAAAAAAGAAUCAAGGUUGCAAUGGCCCUGUCAAUGUCCAGACUCAACCUGAUUGAAAUGCUGUGGUGGGACCUUAAAGCGGCACUGUCAUGCCGAAUCCUGUUGUUUUUUUUUAACCCCCCUCCGGCCUUCACUAUAGCUAACUGACACCCUAGUCACCCCCAAAUGCCCCUAAGCCCCCCACAUUACCUAUUUUUUAUUCCUUAUUUUCUGCCCCGAUCUUUAUUCAGGGCGCCGCCAUCUUUGUGUGGGUAGAUGAAGUCCCUGUGGGACACGUCAUCAGCCCACACUAGAUAGCCUGUGAGAUUCCCGCAAAUGCCCAGUGAAACACUUGGACAUGCGAACGGGAAUUUCAUCUAUUCAUUCAUUCAUCAGACCACCAAAUUAAUGAUUAGAAAUAUCAGACACACAAACAAACACUGUGUAUCAGUGUUCGUUUGUUUGUUCAGUUUAUUACAAGGAGGGAGCUACCAGCACUCAGCUCCCUCCUUGUAAUAUGUAACUAUAGAAGCGGCAGGGAGCAGUGCUCCCCACCACUUCAUAAACCCCCCAGGUCCCCCCUCACUCUAUGGGGGUCAAUAUGACCCCCAUAAUAGCAUAAGGGAGUUUAAAAUCUCCCAAAUGCCCCUACUCGCGGUAUAGUCUAGUAAACACAGUGCUCUGUGUCAUUUUACAUAGCAUGGGAAAAUUAUUUAGAAUUUUCCCACGCUGUGUAAAAUGACAAAGAGCACUCUGAUUGGCUUCAACCCACCAAUCAGAGUGUUUUUAGCCUAAUUGCAGGGCGGGGCAGGGCUUUAUAAGCCUUCCCCCGCCCUGGGAGCUCAGUCUGCGCAGAGCCCUCCAUGGGUGAAGAUGGAUUUUUUUUUUGCGCUCUGGUUUUUUCUUUUUCGUCUGUUUUUCUUUUUUUUUUUAUACUGAUUUUUUUUAAGUUCGACGGUUAUGAUGGUUUUUUAUUUGCCCUUUUUUGGGGCUGAAAAAUGAAGAAAUUGAAUGGUAAGUUUAAUUUUAUUUUACAGGUUAGUUAUUUAAUUCCCCCCUCACUAUUUUUUAGGGUGAGAGGGGUAGGUAGGGACUUUUUAUUUGGGUGGGGGUGUAGGUGACAAGGGGCUUGGGGACCCCUAGUCACCUUGUGGGGGGGGGGGAAUUGACUUAGGCCCCUGCCGGGACAGUAGGUCCCCCCCUCACAUCUUUAUGGCCUCCACCGGGCUGCCCAGGGUGUAUGUAGGGGUCGGGAGGGGUAUUGUGUAGGUCCCCCCAUUAUCAUUAUGGCCCCCCCCCGCCGCCCAGGGGUGGGGGCGGGCAGUAGGUGUCCCCCCCCCCCAUUAUCAUUAUGACCCCCACCCACCACGCAGGGGUGGGGGUGGGGGGGGACUUUAGGUCUCCCCCUUUAUUUUACUUUAGGGCCCCCACCCACCGUGGGAAUUAGGGAGUUAUCUACUAAGCGGCUGCAAGAUGCAGCCACAGCACGAAUAGGAUCAGAGUUUCAUUCAUUCGAAUGAAAUUCCGAUCCGAAUAUAAUGCCGAAUUGCGUUCUAAACCAAACGAACAUACUGUUCUCAUUCAGUUAGAACGCAAUUCGGCAGUUUCAUGUAAAAUGACAGGAAGCAUCGCGAGAUCACAGAGGAAAGCUAAGGAUCAUGGGAAAAUUGCUCUGACCAGCGGAAAUGAAGCACACUUUGCUCCUCCGCUGGUCAGAGCUGGUCAAGCGGAGGAAUCCUCCAUAAGGCAAAGAGUCCCUACUUUGUCUUAUGAUUUUAAAGAAAACUAAAGAAGACAUGAAGAAAAGAACAGAUCCUGAGAGAGGGGGAGAAGAGGAAGAGAUUGAGGAAAGGUAAGUUCGGCAUGACAGUGCCGCUUUAAGAUUUAUGCUGUGCAUAAACAAAUAGCAGCAAACCUUAAUGAAUUGAAGCAACGUUGUAAAGAAGAGUGGGCCAAAAUGACUCCACAAUGAUGUGAGAUACUGUCAUACAGAAAACGAUUACUUUAUUUAUAAUAUAUUUAAAGACCUGCUAAGACAAAACAGAGAAAAGGUCAAGAGGGGUUUAAAGGGUUACUCCAAGCAGUGAUUGGUGAUAAAGUGGUGGCAUUUGAAGCAUGUAUGUGCAUCAUUUUUAGUUUUAAAGUUUCACAUUUAGGGUUAAAGGGAUAGUAUAGGUAUCAAAACAACUUUAGCUUAAUGAGCCUGUCUUGGUGUAUAGAUCAUGUCCCUGUAGUCCCACUGCUUAUUUUUCUGCCGUUUAGGAGUUAAAUCAAUUUUGUUUCUGUUAAUGCAACUGUGACGAAGUGCCCUUCGCCACUUGUGCCUGGAGAGGACUGCUUGCCCGCCUCUUGCCCUGUGACUAUGGCCCCUGGGAUGUAUGAUGAUUUGGGCAUAGUGGAUUUGUGUUGUGCUGCUGCUGGCCCUUUAAGAACCAUCUGGGGACAUACUGUGGAGUUACUGGGUGGCCACCAUUUCCUGUAUCAGAAGCACAUGGUGAGAACAAUGGAUGGCGGCCAUUUUAACUCACAGACACUGUUUGGACUUUUCAACCAACUCCGCAGGGAUGCCAGGAGGAGGAGGUAAGUGAAACUUCCCCUCCCCAGCUACAUCCCAACCGGGUCCUGGGGGCAGUGGAUGAGCCUGCGAUACCCACUGACCCCCUCCCAGCAGAAGAGCUGGCAUCUGGGCAGAGCUCUGUUAGCCUCUGCCCCCCCAUUUCCCCUGUAUCAGAGCCUGACUUACCACGGGUUACCCCAGUGGAAGAGCUGGCAGCAGGGCAGAGCGCCGCUGGCCUCUGCCCCCCAAGCAACACCAGCAGUUUGCCUAGCUGCACCAGGGAGACCGAGAGUGCUGCGCUGUCCCACUACAAACUUGAACCUACAGGCCAGUACCAUUUAUUGUGGGGGGGUUACUCUGCGUAUUUUUCUUUGUGGGUGGGCUGCCCGACUAAUCUAGGUACUGACCGGCAGAAGGUCAGGUACCUGUUUAGUCUUCCCCCCAAAGGGAAGAUGUGUGACGAAGUGCCCUUCGCCACUUGUGCCUGGAGAGGACUGCUUGCCCGCCUCUUGCCCUGUGACUAUGGCCCCUGGGAUGUAUUGCCCUUUAAAGACAUGAUUUGGGCAUAAUGGAUUUGUGUUGUGCUGCUGCUGGCCCUUUAAGAACCAUCUGGGGACAUACUGUGGAGUUACUGGGUGGCCACCAUUUCCUGUAUCAGAAGCACAUGGUGAGAACAAUGGAUGGCGGCCAUUUUAACUCACAGACACUGUUUGGACUUUUCAACACGGUGCCAUCUUGCCAGUAUUUGGUGCACAGAGACAUCGUGCAGUGGUUUUGGACUAUACAGCAGGGGACACAUUAUAAAGUGAUUGUUUUUCAUUUAGCCUGUAUAUGUUCUGCAGAAUCUGCAUUAAACUGUAUUUUCCAAAGUACUGAACGGAUCUGGGUGAAUUUUGGAUAUGUGGUUCACCCAGAUCCCCCGGUUCCAAGGAUAUACUUUAUGGGGUUAUUGCAUGUUUUGGGGUCCCUGUGUGUUUUAUGAAACUGUAUUAUUUCUGGCCAGCAGAUAAUUGAGCUUUGUGUAUUGUAGAAACUCAAUUAUCUAGCCUGGCCCAGAGGAGGAGUUUUGUGUUGCAUAAAUUGUGAGUUCUGUGUGCCAGUAAAUCAGUCUUGUUCCAGCAUUAAGCCUUGGCUCAUGUUUGGGGGAAGGGAUACCUACACUCUGGGGAUUGCUAUAAUCACUUACUCCCCAGAGGAAGCUCUUGCAAUAGCUUGAUUUGUUCCUGUUCCUGCUCUCUGGGGAAAGAGAGGUUCACCCACUGGAAGCUGGAUCCUGGCCUUGGGUCCAGGGUGGGUGGAAACAGCAGAGACCCCGGCGCAGUUGCAUCGCUGGAAGUGGGGUCUGCAGUGCUGAUGGUGUCGGUUGGAGUGCUUGGAGUCCUCAGCGAGCACUAGGAGCAUCGAUUGGCGGAGGUACUCAGUCGGAGUGCCAGCGUUCCGUCACAGCAACCCUAGGCACACCUCUCCUGGCUGUGACUGGCAUAGCUUGCAUGAAAAAAAGACUUAAUUUUCAAUCAGAUAUUCACUUACCUCUUACUUUAUAAGUUUUUAACUCCUGCUUUGUGAAUUAAACAUUAAUGACAGAGAGGUUAGCAGGCUAUUAACAGAGCAGGCGCUAAGGAAUUGUAAAUUAAACAGACUGUGCAAUAAAGGAAUUCUAAAUAUUGGAUCUCUCUUUACAGAAGUGUUUAGGAAGUCUGUGUAUGUCACAUUCGGGUGGGUGUGACUAGGGUUGUAUAAACGAGUGACUGAACUACUAAAUGGCAGAGGAUUGAGCAGUGAGACUGCAGGGGCAUGAUCUAUACACAAAACUGCUUCAAUAAGCUAAAGUUGUUUUGACUAUAUUGUCCCUUUAAAGAACUUUGUUGCCGAAGGUGUUACUCCACCUCAGGCAGCAUCAUUGGGCAGCCUGUAACGAGCAUUCCGGGCUGGCUAAUGUCAAUUCUGUGUACAUAUGGCAUCUGUAGUCUGUCGUCAGCAUGCAUACCAUUCUGGCGAUAGACGACAAAAAGAGGCAUGACUUCCCUCUCCAUAUUGCUCACAUCAUCCUCUGGGAUGUCCCUCCCACUGCAGUGAAGGGGAGUGACGGCACCAGAGGAGGAUCAGACUGCCAGGAAAAUGUGGCCUCGCCAUAGGAUCGUAGGUAAAGUUUUAACUUUUUAUCUUAUUAAGUGGUUUCUUAUUUUUGUGCACAUCAUUCUAGGACAGGGGUAGGCAACCUACGGCACUAGUGCCAUGCACGGCACUCGAGGUGUCUUUGCACGGCACUCAGGGCUGCUAGAGCCAAACAGGCUCUGGCCUAUCAGGAGUCCCAGUGAAACUUCAGAUAUCUGCUAAUGCAAAAAGAAGGGAAAUCCUUAAUUUAUGCACUGCAGCACGUAGAGGAAGUUAUCUCAGAUCACUUCAUUCCAGCACUUGUGAAUGGGAAUCCACACUGGAGUAGAGCAGCCCGCAACUGCUGUUGCAGCUCCUGUCCUUGAGCUGUAUCUGUCCGCCCUGGUCCCCACUGGAACCCAGGGAAGCCACCCACACUGCUAGAUAUACACAGAGCUGCAGAAUAACCCUCCCUUCAUACAAAUAAUAUGAACAGCCCACACACAAACACAACACACAAUCCGCAUAAACUUAACACCACUGACAAUCCACAUACAUGCACACAACCCCACAUGCAGCCUCUCACAUGCAAUACCCCAAACAGCCCCACAAUACCACAAACUACUCAUAAACAUAUACAAUAUAUUAGCUCAUAUACGCACAAAUACAACGAUACAAAGCAACUACAGUAUACAUAACAAGCAGAAUACAGCAACAUACACACCUCAAUUUAAAAAAAUAGGACCGGCACGCUACAGGACAUCACAAUCCUAUUUCGGCACAGUGCUGCUUAAAGGUUGCCUACCCCUGUUCUAGGAUAUUUUCAUAACCGGCAUUGUUGACCCCUGACAGAUGCUUCAGGAGUCUUCUGCAUUAUCUGUCAUGGCUUUGCCAAAUUUAUGGGAUUAACUCUAUAAGGUUGGCAUGUCUACUUGUGAAUCCCUGAUUAUGUUUUUUAAAAAGAGAAAUAAAAUCAAAACCUAACCAGUCCCCUUAGACCACAAGCUAUCCAGUUUGAGAUAAUGUUUCAUUGGUGAAGUUCAUAAAACUUUAACUAAUAGUGUUUGAUUGUGGUCAUCUUAUCUGCAUGGGAAAAAAAUCUAAUUGUUUUGUGCAACAGCAUCUGGUAGCUUAUCCUUGUAGUGAUCUCAAACCAGAUCAGCUAUUCUCAUUCUAGGCUCCUUGGAGUCUAACCGACACCACAUAACUUAAUAGACCAAAUUUUAUUAAAUUAAUUAACUGAAAGUUUAGGGCUGAAAAAAAUGAAAAAUUAAAAAAAGCUUAUUCUAUUUUUGCUCUCAUUUCCUUGAUUGUAAACUGUGUCCUGUUUAUGAAUAGAGCCAUGCCUGUGAAUUUGUUUCCAGUAGCUAUUUUUUGUUUUGUUUUUAAUUGUAUCUAUUUUAGGAAAGCGCUUGCUGCUUUCAAACUACCUCCUGUCUGGCUCCCUAUGUCUGAUUUCAGUCAAUGAUAGUCCAUAUAGUUGGGCAGGAUUUUUAAAGCACUAGUGCACAUUUUAUAUUUGAUUACAUUACAAAGGGGCUUAAAGGGACUGGCAAAGAAGCUUCUGAAGGCAGCAACACUAAAAAGAAUCACUUGAAGGCUAGGGUGGCAUCAACACCGAGCACCAAUAAAACAGUGCUUUGCAGAUAGGAUUUAUAAAAUGGAAUAGCAAUGAACAAAACAAAUCAUUACUUGGUGACAAAUAAAUAACAUUAGGCUUGUUAUCAAAGGGAAAACAAGAAUGUCCAAAAUUAUUAAUUUCUUUUUAAAUGUGUACAAAUAGGGGACCUGUCUCUUCCCAAGCUUUUUAUUAUGUUUACUAAUGUCUACAUUUAACAAAUAUGUAUGUUAAAGAUGUGAAAAUUAAAAUUAAAUGUAGAAAUUCACACCUAUUUAUCCUGCAGUUGGCUGCCUCCGUCUUGGCUUUCCGUUGAUAAUUGUGAUAAGCUCUUUACUGUGCUUCUGGUAGUCCGCAUACAGAAAUGAAACCAGGAGGAGGAUACAUUAAAGGGACACUGUAGGCACCCAGACCACUUCAGCUAACUAAAGUGGUCUUGGUGCACUAUCACUUUUGCACUUAGUGCUGCAAUGUUUAAAUUGCAACUCUGUCUGCCCUCAGUGGUUGUCUACAAGACAGCCACUAGAGGGCUUCCUGAAUUGAAACGGACCUUUGGUCUGGUAUCUAAAGCUCUGCAUGAGGACCUCCAGCGUCAGAUUUUUCCCCAUAGGAAAGCAUUGAUUCAUUGCUUUCCUAUGGGGAGGUCUAAUGCGCGCCCGGCAUUUUCUGCGAAUGCGCGAUAGACCCCGCUCAUAGCGGGGCGGAGCGACACCACAGCCCGGAGGGACAUCGGCGCUGGGAUCAGGUAAGUAAAUAAAGGGGUUUUAACCCUUUAUUUACCAGGGAGGGUGUAGGCAGGGGGAGCGCAAGUGCCAGGAAUGCAGCUUUGUAUUCCUGGCACUACAGUAUCCCUUUAAACAAUGUUUCUAUUUCUUGACUUCAUUUGUAAUGAUAUUCCCUAUUUUAGGGCUGUAUUAGUUCCAGUGCCAUUUCUGAGAAUUCAUUUAUAUGUGCCCAUUUAAAUGGUAACUUGCUGUAUAAAGCUAUUGUGGGCUAGAAUUCAGGCUCAGCCAAACACAGGAUGAGGUGGAUUUGAGUUAUUUUUCACAUAAGCAGUUUAGCAGUUGCUUGCCCUACAAUUCCAUUACAUAAGAUGGAUAUUUCAGUUUCCACCAACUUCAGAGAAAAUGUCAGUAAACUGGAGCAGGCACCAAGUUUGGUGGGACAUAAAUUUCCAGUAGAGUGGUUGAAAUGAUCUGGGGUUGCUGUAUCUCUCAAAUAGAGUGAGCAUGUUUUCUCUUUAAUGGCACAAGAUCAGUUAAAACCAGCUUGAGGAAUGAGCAGGGACUCUCUGAAGAGCAUGCUAUUGGAGUUGUUGUGCGUUCUCAGUAUUCUCUUGCGCCCUUGCCUUGUUUGUUUGUUAUCACAAUCCCAUUACAUCAGAUUCAUAUUUUAAUUCCCAUCAGACUCAGCCAGAAUCUCACUGAGCAGGGGCAGGCAACUUCUGGCACCCUGUUUGGUGGGAAAUAAACUCCCUACACACUGGCUUGUGUGUUUUUGUUUAGUUUUUUUCUCUUUUACUUUAUCAGGAGAUAGAGUUAAAUUGCCCAAAAGCAGGAGCUUUAACACUGUUGGUAUAACUCAUACAACCAUGGGCUGCUUGUCCAAGGAGACUGGUUUAAGCUUGAUGUGAGAUAGGUAUUUAUCAUAUUGCAUAAAAAAAUUAUUUGAACCAUUACCACUUCAGUGGGAUGAAGUGGUUAAGGUGCUUAGUGACCCUUUAUAUUCAUCUGCAUAUAAAGCAUUCUUUGUUUUAAAGAUGCAUGACAGUAAAGUUUGUCCUUUUCAAGUAAUACGAAUUGUGUGUGAUUUAAUAAGCAAGCUAGAUAUUCAGGAUAAAUGAAGGAGUAUUAGUCAUAAAGUGCUGGUGCUACGCUUUUCAGUUUAUGUUGGCUCUUUGACCAGUUAAUCCAUGGCUUCUCACAAGUAUCAAUAGAAAAGCCCAACCCAAUGCUAUUGCAGGAGAGGCCCUGAAGAUACGAUGUUCCUGCCAAGAAAAGCCUUAGUCACGUAACGAUUCGUAAAACCAAAACACACAGUCGGGCAUGCAAUUAAAUCCUAUUGUAACCAGGAACAGGGAGCUCACAGCACCAGUAAACCUACACAUCAGUGUAUACGCCAUUUGUGCCGAAAUUAUUUGCUCCUACCUAUUUAACUAGGGUCUUUCUUGUUUAUCAAUGUUAUUUACUAUUGUGGGCUUGUGUUGACCCAUUGGAACAGAGCACCAGACACUACAUGCUGACUCAUCUAUAUGAUCUCCAUUUUAUUGUGAAAUUUCCACUGCAUACAUUCUGCAUGUUGGCCCGGGCUGCAUGCGUGCACAGAAAAAGCAUUGUUUGCUAUUACAAACUGCACGCAUUAUUGCAGACUGUACAUGACUUUCAAUCGUGUUGCCUAGCAACUCCCUUGUGCAAAAUGGCUAUGGGAAUACAAUAAUUAGCCCACAGAGGAUGUGAAUCAAAAAUGCAAAAGGUCGAGGGUUGUAAAAAGGCUACCAGAUUAGCAGGACAGACAGCCUCACGGCUCAUUAGGUCAAUUUAUGGGAAGAGGAAUGCUUUUCAUUAAGCCAGGUGGCAAGUAAUGCCAAUAUUAUGUGACUACCAUUUUAAUAAACCUGUAACUAACACUGAAUAGUAAUUUGGAGUACCAGGGAAACUGUGAAAACUUUUUAAGGAUCGUUUUCUCAUUCCAUCAAUGCUAUCCAGGCAAAAUCUAAUGUUUCACAAUCAUAGCUGGGUCUCAUAGUUCUAUUUAUUGAUCUGCGUAGAUUACUAAAGAUUUUUUUAAUUAAUGCUACAAUCCAGCCAUGUGCUGUAACCCUAGGUUACGAAUUACUGUAAUUGUGCAGAUUGCAGGUGGCAGCCUGUGAUUUGAUGCCCUGAAAUAGCUUUCUCAAUUGUACAAUAAAACUAAUUGGCUUUGGCAUUCAACAAUGAGCUCAUGCUUCAUGUUAGGAGGGUACAUGCAUUUCCUUCAUUUUAUUUGUAAUAAGCACUGUAUUUUUCCUACAUUACUUCACAUUAUUCAAGGUCUUUUAAGCUGAUAGUUUUUGCUUUAAAGGAACAUUACAGUGCUGGGAAAACAAAACUGUAUUCCAAACGAUAUUGUAUGCACCUGUCCAAGUUUUAAGUACUCCCGACCACAAGCACAAAAGGAUUAAAAGCCCUUUUAACAUUCCUCCCCCUCCUGUGACAUCAUGCCAAUGGAGGACCUAAUGCGCACGUUUCCCCGUAGGAAAGCAUUGAAUUGGUGCCUUCCUAUGGGGAUUUUGAAAAUGCUAGUCCUCCUACAAAGCAUGAGGACAUCCAAUGUAAUUUCACUGAGUUAAAGAAGCCAGGAAGACAGCCACUAGAGGUUGACUUAAAGGUACUCUAUAGGGUCAGAAACACAAACAUGUAUUCCUGUCCCUAUAGUCUUAAAUGCCAAAACCACCAAUACAGGAGAAGGUCGUGGUGGUGAAAAGGAGGAGAGUGUGAGUGGAAAGAACAGAGUAGAAGAGAGGAGAGAAGACAUUGAACGGGGUGUUAAGGCGCAAGGGAGGAACCCGGGGGCUAAACAUAUGUUUUAUUGCAAGCACUCCCUUUUAACUAAGGGGCACUUCUGUGAAUUGUUUUAUUAAACAUUUUAAGAUGUAUUAAUUUCAUUAACAAUAUAUAAAAUAUAUAUAUAUAUAUAUAUAUAUACCAAAACUAGCGAGGCAAUUGUAAUUUUUCUGAGAGGCAAUCUCUUCUCUAUCCCAUAUGUAGUCCGCAGAGCACACCCAUCUGCUGGUUAAGUCUAAAAACCAUAGCAAGUGGCAGUCGUAGCAGUGAGAGAAAUUAACCUAUUGACCUCUGAGCAACAUCAGCUUCCAUUGAUUGGUAACGUCAUACUCCAGAACAACAACAGCGUAAUGUAGUUGUUCUAGACAGCCCCUGCAAGUAUUUUCAUGUACCCACUGUGCCAGGCACCAGUUCAUUGAGAUGAAGUUGUUAAGGUGUCAUGAGUGUCUUUUUAUAUUCUUUUAAGUGAACACUUCAAGCACCAUAGCUACUACAGUAUGUGGUAGUGGUUAUGGUUCAUGGAAUGUCCUGUUGCCUCCAGUUGUAAGGAGCCAAACUGUUUUAGAACUGUUUGAAUUUAUACAUGCUGGGUACCUGCUCUUGGGCUCACUGACAACCGGAACUGUUCUGAAGUGAGUUGACUCCUUACAAGGGCACUCUAAGCACCAUUACCACUACAGUGAAUUAGUGGUUAUGGUGCUUGGAGUGUUCCCUUACAACAAAGUACCUGUAAAUCAAUCAUACAGCUUCAGGGAAACGCUAAUUCAUGCAUCACUUUGUUGCUGUCCUUUUCAUGGAAAGUGUUUAUUAUUAAUGAAGAGUCAUUAGACUGAGUCAGAAAACACAAGAUGAGAAUGACAGGAUGCUGAAUUACUAGAUAUUUAUUAGCUAUUCCUCAGCCAUUACUCAACUUAAAAAUUUUUUUUUAAACAGUUUAAUUAUAUGUAUAUUAAAAUCUAUUGGCUUUUGUUGGCACAUUAACGAGUAUCUCACAAUAAGUUCUUAAUUUACAUAAUGUGAUUGAAGUCAGCCAUUAAUGGUGAAUACAGCAGUGUUGCCAAGUCUAAAUUAGAGCUUGUUAUAAAUGUAUGAUUUAGGCCACAAUAUCCUGUAACUUUUGUCGAUAUAGAUUUAGUGACUGCUUAAAGUGGCUGUCACCUCAAACUCUCCUUUAUCUUAUAGUCUCUUCCACUUUCAUAAUAUGUUCCUUUCUUCAGUUCUGAUCUAGUGGGACUGCUUUUGUCCUUUUUACUACACUUGACAAUUGUAACAGAAGGGUGUAGCUAACGGUAAGCUCCACCUCCUUUGUUAAGCUUACAAAGGGUAAUCUAUAUAUAUAUAUAUAUAUAUAUAUGAAACCAGUGGGCUGCACCCACCUUUAACACGCAUAAAUUUGGUGCUGCUGUGGCCAAUUCGUACAAUACACAAGAUCCAGCACACUCCCUCAUCCACUAAACAGCAACUUCAAAGCUCACAUGUUUUAUUUGUUUUUUUAAGUUUUUUUUUUAACACCUUGUGAGGGACUGCCGUCAGUGAGUACCAUGCCAACUUGCUUGCCCGCAUUGUUUCAGAUCCUCAUGUCGGGAAUCUCCCCAUCUAAGAGGCAAUGUAUUGGUUGUGAGGUCCCCUUGUUCGCAAAUCAUGUUUGGGCUGGAUUGGAAGAUUGUACUUGUCCCAUUCUGGAUAUGAUCUUGAAACACAAGGGGUUGUUUGUUCCUGAAGCUGAUGAGCAUUAACAUGUUAUAGGACUUCCUAUCUAAGAGGCAAACCAGGCUUCCAGGGCAUUUUGGUGUGACUUCUCACACCUUAGCGAAUAGCUCUGUCCCCUGCUUCAAGGAGUAACUCUGGUUGUAAGCUCUGUCCUUUCAUACAAUCAAUUACCCCCUUUUGUAAUGUUAAAAUGUGUGUGUGGGGGGGGGGAGGGAGGGAGUUUGGAACUAAUUGUAGACUUUUCUGGACCCGAGAGGGAACUUUAUUAUCUCUUAGGCACAGAGGAUCAUGGGAGGGUUUACCCUUGGGACCUGAGAGGGAACUUGAUUAUCUCCCAGAUACAGCGACGCCGGGGGAUCUGUGCAUAAAAGCUGUGUGUUUCAAAUCAAGAUUGUCAGAGUUGUACCUCCAGAACUGUGUCUCCUCCAGUUACUGGGGGGAAAUGGGUCUCUUUGUAAUGGUUCCUGAUCGGCUGAAGGAAGGGAAUUAGCAGAGGUAAUCUAAGCAAAAAUAAUGCGGGGUGGUUUAGUUACAGUAUAUACUUGUACACUGCAUAAGCCUACCACAACAUGGCACAUUGGGAUACACCGAGGUUGUGGCAGGCUUAUUCAGUGUAUGAUCAAAUACUGUAACUAAACCUACCUGAACUAUUUUUGCCUAGAUUAGGUUUUUUGUUUUGUUUUUUUAAACUAAUAAAAUCUGUGAGCUUUGAAGUUCGUGUUUAGUAGUUGGUUAAGUGAAUGCGCUGGAUCUUGUGUAUUGUACAAAUUGGCGCCAGCAGGACCGAAUUUAUGCAUGUUAAGGUGAGUGCAGCCCCCUGGUUUCAUAUAUAUAUAUAUCAUGUGUUUUCAUUUUCAAUUACUAUUACUAUUUGACUACUGGCUUACUCUUUCACCAUGGUAAUCCCAUCUUUAGUGCAAAUUUACAUUGGCAGUGUCUUUUUGAUGUAAGGUUUUAUGUGAUGCACCUGUGAACUUUCUAACUGCAUAAUUUUAUUGGUAAGGUAACCUUUUUUAUUCACUGGAAACCAUAAAUGUUUCAUAGGCCACAAUGAAUUGACAGGUCAUUUUAACUUGCAGGGUCAUUGAAUACUUUUAGAUGCCAUAGCAACAGCAUGAUCUAAUUUCACACCCUUCUCUUUUUAGCAGACAUUAUAAAGAAACCUACACAUAGGAUUAGAGCUUUCUGCUCUGCUAUCAUUGAAUUCUGGAAAAAUAGUGACCACAUUUUACUUUAACUCUGAUAUAUAUAUAUAUAUAUAUAGGCGUGCGCAGUCUAUUGUAUAAGGGUGUGCACCCUAAAGCAGAAACACACACGCCGCAUAUAUAUAUAGGUUAUAUACAUACAUACACAGGUGCUGUGUGUAAGGGUGCUGUUAGUGUGUGCUGUGUGUGUGUGUGUGUGUGUGUAUAUGUAAGGGUGCUGUUAGUGUGUGCUGUGUGUGUGAGGGUGCUGCUAGUGUGUGUGUGUUUAAGGGUGUUGUGUGAGGGUGCUGUGUGUAAGGGUGCUGUUAGUGUAUGCUGUGUGUGUAUGUGUAAGGGUCCUGUAUGUGUAAGGGUGUUAGUGUGAGGGUGCUGUGUGUGUAAGGGUGCUGUUAGUGUGUGCUGUGUAUGUGUGAGGGUGCUGUGUGUGUGUGGGUGUUGUUAGUGUAAGGGUGAUGUGUGUGUGCGCUGUUAGUGUGUAAUGUGUGGGGUGUGGGGGCCAUUUAGUGAAUAUCCCCCCUCCCUUCUUACGUUAUGUAGGGAGGGGGGACCGUGCUGCUGCCAUCCCUGGUGGUCCACUGGAGAGUGAACUCUAGCCCCCUGUGGAGCUAGAGUUCACUCUCGCAAGAUCUGAGCGUUGCCGCAGUAAUCGCGUCAACGCUCCGACCGCGCGAGAGGAACCCGGCGGAGCUGCUGGCAAGAGUUCGCGGGGUCCUCUCCUGCCUCCCUCACUUCCUGUGGGUCGGUGAUGGAGAUCUUUGAUCUUUGAUCUCCCUCACCGGCCCACGGAGGAAGGCACAUAGCGCCUGUGUGUGUGUGCCUCCCCGUGCGCAUGCCUGUGUGUGUGUGUGUGUGUGUAUAUAUAUAUAUAAUAUACACACACACACACACACACACAGGCAUGCGCACGGGGAGGCACACACACAGUAGUUAUGUAUGUAUAUGUGUGUGUGUAUGUAUGUAUAUAUGUGUGUGUGUGUGUGUGUAUAUAUAUAUAUAUAUAUAUGUAUAUAUAUAUAUAUAUAUAUAUAUAUAUAUAUAUAUAUAUAUAUAUAGAGAGGAGUUAAGAGAAAAUAUCAUAGAGAGAUUCUGGAGAAAGCUGGCAUUAUUUAGCAGCUCUCCUAACAUAUUGGUAGAGGGAAAAAUACAGAAUUAACUAAUGAAGUCCAGAAAUUUGACUCCUAUCAAUAUUCAUUUGCCCACUGUGCAAUUCUGAUUUGCCUUCCUCCGAAGUCCCAUUCAGAUUGUGAAAUUUAUAUAAAAUUAUAAUAUAUAUAUAUAUAUAUAUAUAUAUAUAUAUAUAUAUAUAUAUAUAUAUAUAUAUAUACAUAUACAGUAAAAUCCAAUGUUAAAAUGUAUACUUGGAAUAGACCAAAACUAGCGAGGCAAGUGUCGUUUUUCUCAGAGGCAAUCUCUUCUCUAUCCCAUGUGUAGUCCGCAGAGCACACACAUCUGCUGGUUAAGUCUAAAAAUCAUAGCAAGUGGCAGUCGUAGCAGUGAGAGAAAUUAACCUAUUGACCCCUGAGCUUCCAUUGAUUGGUAAUGUCAUACACUGAUGCUGUAAAUGUUUGCCUUCCUGUAGUUUUAGCUGUAGUACCGCACUAUAUGUAAAACUGGUUCUGUCAUGAAGAAUGUGUACUGGCAUUAAUCCAUGAAGGCGGCAAAAUGAAAAUAACUUUGGCUUCUUGUAAAAAAAACAAAAAAGUGCCACUAUUGUUUAAUUGCUAAGCUAAUAACAGUCCAUUGUUUAAAGCAGGAUAGGCAACCUUCGGCACUCCAGAUAUUGUGGACUACAUCUCCUUUAAUGCUUGUACAGCCAUAAUGUUGGCAAAAGCAUCAAUGGAGAUGUAGUCCAUAAAAUCUGAGGGCUGACAGACGCCUACCCCUGCUCUGCGCUCCUAAAGCCUCCAUCCCAAUUCAUAAAAGAGGCGAUUUUUUUCACACAAAUUUAGCACUUUAAUAAAUUAAUUUAGGAAGACACCCUGACAGUAAGCUGACAGCCAGGAGGACUUUCUGGUAUACUCAAUCAAGGGAAGUAAGCGUCCCUGUGAGAAUCAUUUUAUUGGGCGAUUGUCAAACUCAUGGCAAUGGCCACACAAUUAUAAUGCCAAUUAUAAUGCUAAUUUAAUUUGUAAGGGGAGGGGAGACAGUCGUCUCUGCCUGUCUCCCAGGGGUGGAGCAGAGCAGCGGCAAGAGGAGAGUACUCAUCACUGAAGGAAACGGUGAGUUAACUUUAUUUGGUGCAUGAGGAGAGUGUCUGGCAUUGAUAGGGCCAAUGGCACACUCCAGAUAUAAAAACCGAAGAACAGCUUUUAAAAUUUUACUGUUCCUUCAAGUAAAAAUUACUACAGUGGUAUUCAUUUUGUAAUCUUAAUAUUUUAUUUUUUUCAAGUUUCCAUCUUCUGUACGGACAUGAACAUCUCGGCAUAGGGUUUUAAUUUACGUAAAUUAUGAAACGUAUGGUCCUUAUUCAGUUUUAUUGACAUCUGCUGGUUGAGACAUUUUUGUUUUCAUUUUGGAUAGAGCUGGAAUGAAUAAUAUAAGUCUGAUGGACAGAACACACAAUCCACACUUCAGUUUAUAACACUAGCAUUAUUUCAGGGCUAUGUGAAAUAUAUGCAAUAGGAUUUGGGCAUGAAUUGGGCCAAGAACCAUUUGGAAGUAUCUCAAAAAGUGUCCAGAUUACAUUAAUUAAUAUAAAUAAAUAUAUAUAUAAACAAAAAUUAAAAAAAAUAAUAUAUAUAUAUAUAUUUUUUUAUAUAUAUCAUUACACCUUACAAUUUGCGGUUUUAGUAAAUGUUGUUGUGUCAAGAAUACAUGUAUGCUGUGUAUCUGUAAAUAUACGAAUUUCCCCCCCAUAGGAUUCUCCUGCCAGUGGACAAAGGGGACUGUUUGUCCGAGAUAUUGUCACUUAUGUUCAGGACUGCUCUGUGACUAGUGUAGAGGACUGGCAUACAUGCCUGGCAGACAUAUCACAGAAACCUCAAAUCGGCUACUGCAUUAACUCUGCAACCCUUCAACAACUUCACUUCCCAAGCAGAGGUACUAGUGUAUAGAGAAAAUAGUAUAUAAAUGUAUAUGGGCGACUAUUAUUAUUAUUAUUCUAUUAUUUAUAUAGCACCAUUACAUUCCGUAGCGCUGUACAAUGGGACUAUUGCACUCAUUUGAUUUUAUAUUUGGUGGUGUGAACUUUUAGUGUGUUUUCUAAUCAUCAAUAAGAAGUAUACUAUUACUACAUUUUACAAGGUUUAAAAUAUGUUGUUCAAGCUGUAUUAAAGGGGAAAUGUUACUUUCCACAAUUUUAAUAUUUUUACUUUUGCCCAAUAAUUAAUAAAAUAUCUAUGUGAAAAAUAAAAUUAAAUGUAGAAAUCCACAUUUAUUUUUUUUAACUGGGUGCCUCCAUCUUAGCUCACUGUCAAUAAUUGACAAGCUCUCUGACACACACAUAAGCUGACUACACACACCUUCUCUUAUGCGCUCACAUGCACUAGCACACUACACACAAGCUUACUGACACACACUCAAGCUCACUAUAAACUAGCUGACACUGACCUACAGACAAGCUCACACUGACAUACACCCAAGCUCACACUGACACAAACCCAACUCACUAUAGACAAGCUCACACUGACACAAACUCAAUGUGGCGAAACCAACCUCACCAAUGGGCAUUGGAGAAGCCUGUUUGCCCGCCUGCUGACUAUGGCCCUGGGAGAUUUGGCCCUUUUAAUACAGUAUUUGGGCAUAUUGUAUUUUAUUAUGCUGCUGCUGGCCCUUUAAGAACCAGCUGGGGACAUACUGUGACUUUUGGGAACAAUGCCCCUUUAAGACUAUGGCCCUUGGAAGAUAUUGCCUGUUAAAGACUAUUUUAGUAGAUUGGAUUUUAAAAGACUUGUUGCCCCUUUAAAUUGUAUUGGAGCAGUUCUGCAGCUUUAAAUUGACCGCCAUUGGACAAACGAACACUUCAAUGCAUUCGACAGUUCGGCAAUUUGAAUGGUUGUCGUUCGUCUGUUUGAACUGACUUUGACAUGCCUGAUUCUCUGGAACUGUUUUGGGCAUGAAAAUGUGCUUGCGGUCGGUCAAACUUGACUUAUAGCUAUCUCCUGAAUGGAUUCAAAUGAUGGGUAUGUUUAUAUUUAAAGUGUGUUGAUUAAUAAUAUGUAAUUGUUAUGAAGAUUGAAUGUAUAUUUUUAAAGUUAUAGUACAUAUAUAAAAACUGUUUUUCCUGCUUGUGAUAAUUAUGUUAACCAUUGUGUACCAUAAUUAGAUCACAGGCAGAGGGGAGGAUUUUGUGUAUAAUUGCUGGGAGUGUUUUCUGUAACGUACAUGUGUUUAUUGGUUGUUCUGUAAAACCCUGUGGGCAGUACUAAAUUUGUGGAUUGGGAAUAAAAGAGGCUGUAUGUGCCAAUACAGUCAGUUCUGCUUGACCCUCAAAACGAAGUGUCAUCUCGUUACUGGGGGAAUCUGCUACAAGGGAUUGCUAUGCUAGUCAUACUCCCUUGCUAUAUCACUGCUAGGCUCUUGUAAGAGCUUGUUCCUGUCUUGCUCUCUGGAGGAGUCUACAGUGGUUAUGGUGUCAGCUGGAGUGCUUGGAGUCCUCAGGAAGCACUAGGAGCAUCCUUCAACGGAGGUACCCAGUCGGGGUGCCAGGUGAUCCGUUACACGCAACUCACUAUAGACAAGCUCACACUGAGCUACACACAAGUUUACUGAUGCACACACUCACUGGCAUGCAUACAUUCACUGGUACUCACAGCAAGUUGUUUAGGCAAUAAACUCCAGUUUGGCAUGGAUAGGAUUAGUGUGAGAGAAUGGAAGCUGCAGCAGGCAUUCAAAAUGCCCCUAGUGAAGAGCCUGCUGGGACAGAUACUGACGCAGGUCUGCCUCCCAGCCCCACUUCCUGCCUUAAUCCCUCCUUCUCAUCUCCCCUCCUACAGGGCAGAGGGCGGAGCUCAUGGAUGUCUCACCUGUCUCCCCUGCCCACUCCAUGGGACACCGUAAAGUGUUGCAACACAUAGUUUGGAAAGCACUGGACCAAGUUUAACACUAUGCUAACAUUUGUAAAGAUGUGACGAUUCCACUUUAAACUGUUAGAUAACAGUAGAGUCUGAUCCAACAUGGCUGCUCAGCCAGAUAAAGUGACUUUUUCUGAAUGACCUGACUUUUUUUUUUUUUUUCUUCCUCUGCUGGUAGCCCCCAGCCCAUACUCAUGAUGAAUUCAUCUCUCUAGAUGCAUUACUCAGACCACUUGCUCCACGCCACAGACAAACAAGCAAGCGUCGGGCAAAAGAAGACUCUGCAGUUUCCUGUCAUACUAAACUGGCUUUAUAGUUUCAUAUUGAAUAGAUUUCUCAUUUAGUAUGCCAAAAAGUAUACAUAAUACUGAUUCAUGCAUUGUCUGCAUGACAAAACUGUGCACUAGGUUGACAAAUGCAAGUCUUAAGUAUCACAAGCUUUGGGUCAUUCUGUUCUUUAUUAAAAACUAAUAGCACGAUUGUAUCUUGCAGGCUGUUUAUUUGGCAUAUUCUCCAAAGUUACAUUUUACACUGUUCAGUCGCCUAUUAUCUUUUCUGUAUCUUUUAAUAACAAAACUAUUCUCGGAAUUUAGAGCUUCUCAUGUUGUAUUUAGAAGAAGAUUUAAAUAUCUCAGCCAAUUAAGUUGUGUUUUAGUUUUGCACAUAUGGGCAAAGCAGUGCAUCACACAGACAUGCACAACGGUACUGUGUAUGUAGAAACCCCACCUAUUCAUUGGGUUGUCUAACCACUGUAAUAUAUUACACCCUUUUUAGUGAACGGCUGAUGCUCUCCAUCUUUUCAUUGAUCGCAUAGUCCUGGAGUCUGCAACAUAUGGCACUUAAGGUGACUUUUCAUGGCUUUCAAGGCUGCCAGAGUCCCAGUGGGACUUUGUUUAUUUGACCUGUACCUGGCCCCAUUGGACCCUAGGAAAGCAACCCACACUGCUAGAUUUACAGAGCUGCUGAAGAAGCAUCUUCCUCAUGCAAAUAACACAAGCAGCUUAUGCACAGUCCCUACAAACAGAGCACCACUGUCAAUCCACAUAUAGCACUCCCACAAGCAACCUCUCACAUGCAAUACCACAAGCAGCCCCACACAUACAAUGUGCAGUUAGUCAGAUAACAGAGUCUGAUCUAACAUGGCUGCUCAGCCAGAUAAAGUGACAUUUUCUGGAUGACCUGACUUUUUUUUCCCCCUUCCUCUGCUAAAAGCCCCCAGCCCAUACUCAUGAUAAACUCAUCUCUUUAGAUGCAUUACUCAGACCACUCGCUCCACUCCACAGACAAACAAGCAAGCUAGAGCAAUUCCACAAGAAUAAUCUGCAGUUUCCUAUGAUCUUUUUUUUUUCCUCUGACUCCUCUUCCUUCUACCUACAUGUGACGAACUGAACCUCGUCACGGGUUCUUGGAGGGGCCUGCUGGCCAGCCUCUUACCUCAGAACUAUGGCCCAUGUGUAAGACUUUGGUUCAGGACUGUGGAAAGGCUUUGUUCGUGCCUUUUCCAUUGUCUGGUCCGGAAUAUAGGAUUUACCGAACGGAUUAUACUUAUGCUGUUUGUAUGCCGGACCAACUACCGAACAGUUGGACCACCCGUGGAGUGUGCAGCUCAUUAACCCUAUUGACCUCGUUAACAAGCUGUAACCACAACAUUCUAAACGGUCUGCUGGGUGGCCAUCGUUCGUAUUGCCAAACAAGUGGCGGUGGCCAUCUUUAGCCGCGAACACAUACAGCGGUGUUUUGGGCAUCGAGUACAUGGAACUAAAAUCGUACACUCGAUGGCACGAACACCGAUGAGACUUCCAUCUCCAUGUAUGUUCGGAUCCAUUCGAUUGAGAAGUACGGCAUUCGGUGGGAGCAAACUCUCAAACGAGGGGCACAGACUAAGUGUCCAUACAAACUGGUUGCAUUCGUAUUUCUGUUGUAUUGUGAACUCCCGAAAGAGACUGACCGCACAGCCUGAUUUCAUGGAACUCUUUUGGACAGGAGCUUUGUGUGCGGUCAGUCAACAUAUGACCUGAUUUUUGGAUAUGUUGGUCACCCAGAUCAGGGCUAUCAGGGGAUGUGACUGGGUUUCCAAGUGUUUUGGGAGUAGUUUCGGGAGGUUGUUAAAUUUAUGUUUUCUGUGCCUGGAGAUAAUUGAGUUUUGUACAGUUUCUGACUUAAUUAUCUCUCAAGCAUAGGGGAGGGAUUACCUUGUUUUGUGUGGGAGUGUCCUGAACCUAAGAGCCAAUGUUAAUAAAGUGUCUACUUUGUCAUAGUCCCCUUUCAGGUCCAGUGGUGAAUGCACCUGGAAUAUGUUAGCCAGUUGUGGCUGCCAUUAAAGGAGUUCCUCCUCACCCUCAGCAUAGAGCCUCGUCUCAUGUGUGGAGGGGACAGCUAUAUUCACUCUGGGGAUUGCUAUAAUCCCUAUGCUCCAUUGAAUUACAAUACUAGCUCUUGUAAGAACUAUCCUGCUAUACUCUCCGGAGUAGGAGAGGUCUACCCACUGGAAGCUGGAUCCCAGACUUGGGUCCAGGGUGGGUGGAGGACAUCGAGAGGCUAUGGGGUUUGCGGUGGUUAUGGUGUUCCAGUGCUAUGCUUAUGGUGCUCACAAUUACUAGGAAGCAACGAUUGGUGAAGGCACCCAAUCAGGGUGCCAGAUGGUCAGUCACACUACAUUUUCUUAAUCUUACAACAAAAGUGAGGAGAGUUCAGUUAUCAUUGAAGAGUUGACUCGCUAAACAGGGCAUAUAGGAAUACUACAGCUUUAAAAGAUACUCGUAUGAAAUUUGGUAACUUUUUGAAGGUUCAUUUCUUUUAUUUAUUUUUUUUAUUUCUUUUUCACAUAAAACCUUUGGCAGUAUGCAAGCAAUGGGGGAGUGGGAGGCCUCCAGAGACCAACAAAUCUGUGAGACCAAAAGCGAAUUGGAAAGCCUCACAGAUCCGGUACAACUAUUGACAAAGACAGUGGUGUCUCUGGAAUCCUGGCACCGCCACCGAAAUGUUAGAUUCACAGGGGUGAAUGAGACUUUCUCCCAUUUGUGCUGAGGGUGGAGCCUCCAGGGGCCUUAGAGAGCGCUCUCAAUCGCCAUGCAUAAUCUCUGUGUUCUGUGUGCGGAAAACUGCUCCUGCGGCAGCACUAAAAGACGUAAUAGCUGUCGCAAGAGACAUAACAGCAAAAACUGCAAUCUUAAAUCAUUCCAGACAGUUGGGCACUGCAACUCUUGGGGACUAUUGGAUCAUGUUACACAGAGAUCUUCCCUUCUCCGUCCUUGCGAAGAAGAGGAGGCUAGCUCCUAUCGCCAAGUGAUUACGAGACAACUCCAUAAAAUACCGAUGGGGAGCAGAGGGAUCUUUGCUGGUGUAGAGUGGGGACACAGCACAUACACUCACCUCUAAUAAUGACACAGAGACAUUCCUCCGCACACUCGGGCUGCCGGAGGGAGCACAGCCGGCACCAACAUCGCAAACUGCAAAGAGACCGACAGAUGUCAGUCCAGGAGGGAGCAGACUGAAACACAGCAGGGGACCGAGUGCAACCUCAAUCCGCAGGGUAUCCACCACCCCAGCAAUCAGAGUUCCUACCAGAGUCCAAAUCUGAUUUAUUUGACAUCUACAGACUUUCCCAGAGGUCUGCCCGUACCGCCACUGGGGACCCACUGGAGCUGUAUGGAUGAUCUUCACUGUGCACAAUGGCAAACACCAUGCUGGUUUCCCCAUAUGUUCUACCUUAUAUGUUUUUUGGUUUUUUUUAACACGAUAUACCACUUGGCGCACAUACCCAUACCCAUAUCCAAUGUAUUGUCCUGUUAAUGUAAUUUAUGUAGUGCAUAUAUGAAUUGGCCACUUGGUUGCAAGGGCAGAUGACAGAAGGGAUAAUGUAAAUUUCAUAGGAAUGUGAAAGGAGGCAGAUGGUUUACAACAUGGAUUGAUCCUUUGAUUAAUCAACAGUUCUGUAAGGUGUGAGAAGUCACACAUAAGUGGCCUAGAAGUCUAGUUCCAAUGUAAACUAACAUAUGGCCUCUGCCUUUUUAAUGAGUUGAUUUCUUUGAUAUGUUAAAGAUCAUUAACUUUCAAGAAAAGAGAAAAAAAAAAAAAAAACAAGCCUUGUGUUCCAGUAUCAUAUUUUUUUUUUUUCAAAUUUGACAAUUUUUAUUGUUUUGUCAUUUCGUGAGGGUGAGGAUACAGAAAAAAGAAGGGAAGGGGUGGGGAAGGGGGUAGUUGCAAUUCCAUAAAGGGUGUGUACAGAUUAGUCGUCACAUACAUUCUCUAUAAUCACAUUUAUUGGAGUACACAUAGUAACUGUUAAACCGUACAAGGCAGUGGCAUUCGUGCAUUGACCUUUGGGAUGUAUACUUUUCCCGUACCUUUGGAGUAGAUUAGAGGGAGAGAACUCGGGCCUGACCUUAUGUUUCAGUGGUAUCGAUUGCCAUAAUUUUCCCUGGGGGCUUGAUAUGUGCUUGGGGUCAUUUGAGGGUUAUUCAGAUUGCUCUUCAAUUUUGCUUUUGACCUCUAGUGUUGUGUGGAGUGGUCUUACUCCUUGUGAUCAUUUACUUUGGCAAUCCCGUCUGGUGGGGUAUGCUUUGGUAAGUCUUCUGGCUUCGUGUGGGUUGAGGUCAGCAUGACGUCAGCUCAUAGUGGGAGGUUCCCUGUUGUGUCACUUUGUAUGUUUCCCACUUAUCCCAUGCUAUUUCCCAGUAUCUUCGGUGCUGUUUGUGUGGUUUGUUGGGAGAGGUGGUUUGCCUUCUCAUUGUGGAUUCAAAGUGGCCCGCGUGGCUUAUUUGUUGUAUGCACAUGGGGAUGGAGGGUAUGGUUUGUGAUAGCCAGUUUUGUGCUAGGGCGCCUAGGGCUACUAUAUUUAUAUGGAAGAUGAGGUACCUAUCUGGUUUAGGUAGCGAUUCUGGGAUAUUGAAGAGCACAUAGUUGUCCAAAUUGUGAGGUAGGGUGCAUCCUGUACUGUGUGUGAUAAUUUUGGAUAUGUCUUUCCAGUAUUGUUGCAAGUAUGGGCAGGUCCACCAUAUGUGUGCCAUUGUUCCUGUGUCUGAUUUGCAUCUCCAGCAUUGUAUUGGAAGGGAUUGAUUAUAUUUGUGUAGCCGUAUGGGCGUGAGGUACCAUCUAUACAGGAGUUUUUUGGCAAGCUCUAUGUGUUUUGAGCAUAACGUGAAGGAUUUGGGGGUUAGGAUCAUACGUUCCCAUUCCGGCUCAGUAAAUUUUUUGUGGGUUUCUGUUUCCCACGCUUUGAUAAAUCUGUGUUCGUGCAAUUUGCAUUUUGUGGGUAGUGUUGUGUAGAUAGAGGAUAUGAUUUUCUGGGACGGUGUGGGGCUAAUAUACAUUUCCUCAAAUUCUGUCAUCUUUUGUGCUUGAAUGUUAAUUGUUUGCUCCUGAAUUUGUAUGCGCAACCAUGAGUCUAGUUGGCGGUAGGAAUAAUGUGCUAUCGUUGGGAGCUUAUGUGAGUUCUGUAGUGAGGCGAAGGUUGCUAGUCCUGUGUUGAUGAGUAUCUGGUGUAGAAAUUGUAUGCCGUGUCUUUCCCAUAUUCUGUAGUUAAAAUCUGGGAUAAUGUGUGCUAUUGAUUUAAGUGGCAUGGCUUUGAAAGGAUUGAGUUAUUUGUUAGGAGGGGACGGACCCCAUCCCAUAUUUUUAGUGAUAAUGUUGUGGUUGGUAGGCAAUCUUGUAGGUGCGGCCGGUUAAGUUUCGGUAUCCAUACUAAGUUGUCAGUGCUAAUAUUAUUGGCCCAUUCUGCUUCUAUGUGCUUCCAUUGAGGUGCUUGUGCGCCUGGUCGUGUUUGGAUAAUGCUGCUAAGUACAGUUGCAUGAUAGUACUGUUUGAGGUUUGGCAAAUUCAUACCCCCUUCUUUGAGCGGUAACUGCAGUACCUUUAGGGCUAUACGUGCCCUUUUGUCAUUCCAAACAAAUCUGGUUAUCCAGCGUUGGACUGUGGUAAAGUAAGUGGUGGGUAUAUGAAUCAUAAGUGAUCUGAAAAGGUAUAACAACUUAGGGAGGAUUAUCAUCUUGAUCGCUACCAUGCGUCCCGACCAGGAUAUGAAUGAUGUUUUCCAUUCUUGUAGUUGUUUUUUUAUCUCUAUACUGAGUUUGCCAUAGUUGGCGUUAAAUAAUGCGGUAUGUGCUUUUGUAAACCGUAUACCUAGAAAUGUAAUGUAGUCAGUUCUCCAGUCGUAUGUGUAGGUGUUUUUUAGUUUAUAAGUGACCUCUGGGGGGAGACCUUUGUAAAGGGCUUGCGUCUUUGAAAUAUUUAGUUUGUAAUAGGACAUUUUGCUAUAGUUUUCUAGUGUAGAAUGGAAGUGUGGUAGAGAGGCUUCGGGGUCUUGUAUCGUCAGUAGUACGUCAUCCGCGAAUAGUGUGAGUUUAUGUUCUUUGCUUUGUGUUUUGACGCCUAGGAUUAAUGGGUGUUGUCUAAUGAGAGUCGUGAGAGGUUCUAGCGCUAGUACGUAUAAUAGGGGUGAAAGGGGGCAUCCCUGUCUGGUCCCAUUUGUGAUCUCAAAUGGGUCCGAGAGGAACCCUGCGUUAAUGAGUCUAGCAGUGGGUUUGCUAUAUAAAGCUUGUAUUGUGUUCAUGAACUCUGGUGGGAAUUCGAACUUCGUUAAUGUCGCUCUGAGAAAGUCCCAAUUCAGCCUAUCAAAAGCCUUUUCGGCAUCUAGCGACAGGAAUAGGCAUCCCGUUUUCCGUUUGUGUAUGCUGUAUAGUAUGUCUAAGACUUUCCUAGUACCGUCAGUGCCUUGCCUUCCCUUUAUAAAGCCAACUUGGUCUUCAUGGACCAAUUCUGGAAGAAUUGCAGCUAGUCUAUUCGAGUAUAUUUUCGCCAGCAAUUUAAGAUCUGUGUUAAGAAGUGAGAUUGGGCGUAAGUUCUGUCCUUUGUCUGGCAUUUUCCCUGGUUUGGGUAGUGUGGCUACAUGGGCUAUGAGCAUUUCCUGUGGGAUCGUCCCUGUGUGUAUUAUGGAUUGAAAGGUUUGUUUCAUGUAGGGAAUGAGUGUAGUUGCGAAAGUUUUGUAAUAUUGAUUCGUGAAUCCGUCUGGGCCUGGGGAUUUCCCUGUAGGUAGUCUAGCAAUUACAUCCGUCAGUUCCGUUAUCGAGAUCUGUUCCGACAGUUUGUGUUUUUGUUCUUCUGUCAAUGUUGGCAGCGGUAUGUGUUGUAGGUAUCCCUCAAUGUCUGCGACAGUUGGCUGAUAUAGGGUGUCGUCUGCUUUUAAACUUUAUAAAAAGUCACUAGUUCCCUAUUCAUGUCUUGUGGGUUCCAUAGUUUUUGGUUGUUUUUUGAGAGAAUGUAUGGGAUCUUAGAGUUAGAUUGUUUUUUGCGUAACAUGUUGGCCAGCAAUUUGCUGGCCUUGUUCCCUUUCGCAUAGUGGUUCAUUUUGAAUUUUUUCAGAAUGUAUGCCGUUUUUUGGAAUUGGUGGUCAUUAAUUUUGGAGGUGAUGUUUUGGAUUUCCAGUAGGAGAUCCUGUUGUUUUGUUUGAUAAUAAGUUUGGGUCGUAUCCCUUAGUUGUAUGAGCAGUUUCAUAAGUGUUGCUCGUCUUUGUUUAUUGAGAUAUGAUGCUCUGCGGAUCAACAGUCCUCGUAUGACUGAUUUGUGUGCUUGCCACAGAAUCGGGGCCGUGGUCUGGGGGUUCUCGUUAGUAGUAAAGUAGUGUUUAAGUUCUUGUUCUAGCGUGAGGGUGAAGUCUUGGUCGUGAAGCAGUGAGUCGUUUAGUCUCCAUGAACCUUUGCCUUUGUAUGUGAAUGCGUCAAUGAGUGUCAGUAUCACUGGGGCAUGGUCUGACCAUGUGAUAUCUCCAUAUAUACAUUGAUGCGUAUGUGAUAGUCCUGUGCUGGUCGUGAAAAAAUGAUCUAUCCUAGAGUGGGUCUUGUGCACUUGGGAGUAGUAGGUGUAGUCCUUAUCCCCUGGAUGUAGUGUGCGCCACACAUCGUAUAAGUUAAAUUGAAUUAGCAGUUUAUUAAGUUUGGCGCAGGCCGGUCUAAGAGAUGCCAGUCUGGGUUUUUUUGCGUCAAGUGUAGUGUCCAUUUCUGGGUCUAGGGUGUGGUUGAGGUCUCCGCAGUAUAUUACUAUGCCUUGUUGUAUGUUGCUCACUUUAGUCAGUAUUUUAUGUAGGAAGUGCCAUUGAUUGUCGUUUGGUGCGUAGAUAUUGACUAUGGUGUAUGUGACAUCAUUAAGGUUGCAUAUUAGGAUAAGGUAUCUCCCAUUGGCGUCUUUAACUAUUUUGAGUGGAUCAAAUGCGACUGAUUUGUGUAUUAGAAUGCUAACUCCUCUAGACUUGUGGCUAUGUGUGGAGUGGUAUUGGUUCGGGAAUUGUGAAGGGUCUAAGGAAGGAGAUGUCUGCCUUUUGAAGUGAGUUUCUUGGAGGCAGAUCACAUCCGCAUUAUGGUUUUUCAGUUCUGUGCGCAAUGUUUGGCGUUUUUGAGGGGUGUUUAGGCCCCUUACAUUAUGUGAAUAUAUUUUCAUUAUGGGGUUGGGUAGGGUGGGAUUCUUCUCCUAUUGUUGAGUAUUUCAAUAUAAUGUUUAGUGAUAGUCUGCCUCGGUAUGCCAGCCAUGGUGGGUGCCAGGUGAUAAGCGACUUGCUGACUGUUUGCUUGAUAUGCCUAGGUUUGGGUGUAAUGGGUUCUUGAUCCCUCUCAUGGUUUGCAACUGGGGGUAAGGAUAGGUGGGGUAUAAACCUGAGUCUCGAGGAGAGCUCAACUAUAUACAACAAUGCCCAGAUGUAGGGCUCGGUACUCCUUGAUAGUACCUGGGGUGUGGUGAGCAUGUACUUCCUGCUCACGAAGGAGGCUACCUGGGCUCCUUCAUUGUUUAGGUAUUUUCAUCUGCCCCGAAAUUCAUGUCAAACUAGUAUCCCUGAUUGUUGGUUUGGUGCCUUAUCUUAGUGGAGGUACUGAGGCCAGAGGGAGUGGAAGCGCCAUUUUUUUAUUUUUUUUUAUAUUGUCCCGGCAGUUGCUACAGUGUGUUGGGGAAAGCUGUCACAGCUUCUUGUACCAAAAAUGCUAGUGCGUCUGUGCUGUAUUCCGUGUUGGGGUAUUUUGGUUAGCGUGUCCCCUCCUUUCCCCCCGGCCUCGUGCUCCUUUUAAAUCCAAUAUACAGUAAUAGAUUAAUAAUAAUAUUAACUUUUUUUGUUUUUUUUUGUUUUACAAUCUUAGAUAGACAUUCAGGUUGUGGUAUAGCCGACCUUGCGUCUGCAAUUUAGUUUCACUGCAAUUCCAGCCGGUUAGGGUUAGUAGGUUAUCCAGAACCUUUUUGUCUUAGGUGUAGGUUGGUGGGUGUGCUUAUUCAAUUAGAUAGGGGAUAGAUCUGAGCUAGAUUUGUCCAACUUUUGGCCUUCGGGGUUCAAGUGUGCGUUGGCGUGCAUGUAGGUGUUGUCUGUGCAGGUGAAAUGUGCGGGUUGAGGUGUUACAAAGUUAACAAAAUUAACAUAAUUAACGUAUGCAAACAUAAACAGUUGGUUCCUUAUAUACAUUACCAGCCUCUACUCGUUAUAUCUUAUUAGCAGUCCAGAAUGGCUGGUAUAAGUCCAUUGAUACUAUAUUUUGCGCCAUUCGCGAUGCAGCAUGGCAGAUUCUCUGUUCGGCUUGCUUGGUGUGGGUAGGUUCCAUUCCUUGAGGAGCUUUUCACCAUCUUCUGGCGAGGUCAGUAUCUUCGUUGCGCCAUCUUUGGAGAUGAGAAGCUUGAGGGGGUAACCCCACCGGUAAGCUAUUUGGUGCUGCCUGAGUAUGAUAGUAAUGGGUUGGAAGGCUUUCCUCCUUCUCAGCGUUGCCGCAGAUAGGUCUGGGAAUAUCUUGAUAUCAGCGUAUUUGCUAGGUGCGUUCUUGUUUGUUCUGCUCUGUUUUAAGAUUAUUUCUUUAAUAUGAUGGUAGUGAGCGCACAGGAUGACAUCCCUUGGGACUGAGGGUGGUAGGUGUGAAGGUUUGGGUAUUCUGUGUAUUCUAUCCAAGAGGAGCAUGUCUGAUGGUGUGUCUGGCGAGAGCACAUGGAAAAAUUCAUGCACGUAGGCCUGGAGGUCCGCAGGGGCCACCGUUUCUGGUAUGCCCCGCAGUCGUAGAUUAUUCCUCCUCGCCCUAUCUUCAAUAUCCAUGAGCUUGUUCUCCAUUGUGGAUACUGUGUCUUGUAGUGCAUUCACCUGGUCUAUUAGGUGGUUGUGUGCCUCUUGUGUUUCCUCCAUUUUCUCCUCCACGCGGGAGGUUCUCGCUCCCAGCUCCCCUAUGUCUUUCUUCAGGCUUGAUAGGCCUUUUUCCCAGCCAGCCAUCAUUUUGCUGGAGAACGCUCCCAGCUGUUCCAAAAGAAAUUGCUUGGUGACCGGCUCCUCCAUAGUCUGGUCGGCAGGGUCUGUAAGGAGGUUGCUGUCGUGUGUUUCCUCCCCGCCAUCUUGUUGGUGCUGCUGGUUUGUAUAUUUGUUUUGCGCGGCGUUUUGACCAAAAAAAUUUUGUCUUUCGGUUUUGGAGGCUUGCCGUUUCUGCUUGGGUUGUGACAUGUUGGUUGUUUGCUUGUCAGGGUCGUCUAUUGCGGGUUUUGAGACGCCUUUGUCGGAGCCCAUGUGCAGGAGCUAAAGAUUACACGUCCAUCUUGCUCCGCCGGUAGCCACGCCCCCCCAGUAUCAUAUUUAAAAGAAAGAAACAUUAAUAUUUACCCACAGAAUACUAAUUAAGCCUCAUUUUUGUUAUAUUUGGAAUGUGACCUGCAUAAUUUUCUAAUCAAGCCCAAACAUGAUUUGCGUAAUUUAACCAUAGGGGAAGGGAUUGUGAUGUCCGCUAUAUUGGGUCACAAGUAAGGGAUGUGACAUAUCUAUGGAUUGGAAUAAUAACAAAUUCAUAGAUGCAAUUAUUAUUUCUAUGGCAAGUACAUAAGAGGAGAUAUAAUCAAAUGUUUCCAUUUGGAUUGAUGCUGGUCUAGAACACAAGGGGGUGGUCACUUAUAGUUACUAUAGGUGCGCCUUAUCUCCACCUCUGGGUAAGGCUUGGUAAUCAGUUUAUAUCUCUAAUGAUACUGAAGUGUGCAUUGUACUUGCUUGAGGGGCCAGAAUCUAAUUUUAAGUUAGUCACCAUCUUUCUUACUAGAAACCCCAUAGUGCAGAAGUUUUACUUUGAAAACCUGAGUAAGUGAUUAGGACUUGUUAUUUUAUCCCUUUUUUGUUUUUAUUUGUUGUUGGUGUAACUAAAAUUUGAUUGUCAUCUGUAUUUUUGUAUGCACUGUGACUAUUUUUUAUUUUUUUUGCUCAUAAUAAGUAUUCCUUUAUUAAAUUCUGCCUUUGCCUGGUAAAAAAACCACGUUACCUGUAGAGACGAAUUAGUGUUUUGCUAUUGGUUAGAUAUUGUGCUAAGUUGUAUUUGGUGGGUUUUUAUUAUUAAGUUACCUGGGGGACCAAUGCACCAUAUAUAAAUUGUCUUGGUGGUGGCAGUGUUAAAAUAGUAAUAUUUAUAUGAUUAUGCUUAAGUGUGGGUGGUGUUAAGGGGGGUUUUAUCAUUAUUUCUGGUCUAGUGCAGACAAAUGGUAAACUUUAACCCUUUCACCAUCACAACCACGUCACGCACACUCUUGAAGUAGGGUGCGUUCAUUACACAGACUUUCAGUUUUAAUUCAAGGUGUUAAAAAAAAUUGUAUGAAACGUUUAGGAAGUGCAACCAUUUUCAUACACAGUCCCCUUAUUUCAGGGGCUCAAAUGUAAUUGGCCAAAUUACCACAAUCAUAAAUAAAAUGUUACUUUUUAAUACUUUGUCGAGAAUCCUUUGCAGGCAAUGACUGCUUAAAGUGUGAAACGCAUGGCCUUUACCGAAUGCGGGUUUCCUCUUUUGUAUUGCUUUGCCUUUACUUCCCACAUCUUCAGUUGUAGUCUGUUUGUGGGUCUUUCUGUCAUAAGUUUUAUCUUGAGCAUGUGAAGUGAAUGCUUGAUCGGGUUCAGAUCAGGUGAUUGACUCGUCAUUGCAAAAUAUUCCACUUCUUUGCCUCAAACUCCUGGGUUGCUUUUGCAGUAUGUUUUGGGUCAUUGUCCAUCUGUAAAGUUAAGCCCCAUCCAAUCAACUUACAUCCUCUAUACACUUCAGAAUUCAUCCGACUGGUUCUGUCACAUCAUCAAUAAACACUAGUAACUAGUGCCAUUGGAAGCCAUGCAUGUCCAUGUCAUCACACUGCCUCAACCGUGUUGUACAGAUGAUAUGCUUUGAAUCAUGAGCUAUUCCAAACCUUCUCCGUACUUAUUUUCUUCCCACCGUUCUGCUACAUGUUGAUCCUAGUUUCAUCUAUCCAAAGAACUCUGUUCCAGAACUGGGCUGGCUUUUUUAAAGAUGUUUUUUGGCAAAGUAUAAUCUGGCCUUUCUAUUCUUAAGGUUUAUGAAUGGUUUUCACCUUGUGGUCAACCUUCUCUGUUUGCUCUUGUGAACUCUUCUCUUUAUGGUAGACUUGGAAAAUGAUUUGCCUACCUCCUGGAAAAACUUCACUUGACUGGAUGUUGUAAAGGGGUUUUGUUUACCAUGGAAAGGAUUCUAGGAUCAUCCGCCACUGUUUUCCAUGGACUGUUGCAGAGUUACCAGUGAGGUUUUUUUCGUCAGGAUGUACCAAGCUGUUAAUUUGGCCACUCCUAAUGUUCCUGCUAGCUAUCUGAUGGAUUUUGUUUUCUGAAGGCCUGUUUCACUUGCAUUGAAAGCUUCUUUGACCAAAUGUUUUGGGUUCACAGCAACUGCUUCCAAAUGCAAAUGCCACACAUGGAAUCAAUUCCAGAUCUUAUACCUGCAUAAUUGAUGAAGAAAUAGCCCACACCUGUCCAUACACAUCUUUUACUGUAAUUGUCAGUUUACUUUUGUUCCCUUAAAAAAAGAGGGGGCUACAUAUUAAAGAGCUGCAAUUCCUAAACCCUUUCUCCAAUUUAGAUGUGAAUACUCUCAAAUUAAAACUGGGAGACUUCCCUUUAAGUCAAUAUUCAUUAUUUAAAGGGACACUCCAGGCACAACUGUAACUUGAAUUAACUUUGGCAAACAGCCAAAAUAGCAAAACAUGUGUCCAUGUACAAAUAUUUCCAGACCUAACUGUAUGUAGUACUUUACAAUUCUCUGUUCAGUGAAUAAAUCCCUGAAAGUAUAUUUAAAAUCGCAUGUUGUAGGAAAGCAGUAGGGACUGGGGCUGUGCUGCUUAGAGCACAGUACCCUGAACCUGCUAGACCACCAGGAAAAAUAAAGAUUCUGGGCAGCAUGGAGUCAGGCCCAACUGCAGUUCCGACAUCUUUUUUUACACUAGUGCCAACAACUUGCAUCAUAUUUGAAUUUAAAUACUUGCAGUAUUUAGUCCUGUCAAGUUGUAAGUGCUACAAAAAUCUGCAAAUAAUUAUUCUGUGUUGUACAAGAGUAGGUGGAUGGGGAGGGCAAUUGCAGUUGGUGUCACUGGUUUGUGAUUUGUCUAGCCAUUAAUAGUGGUAUUCCACAAGGGCCUACAGCAAGCAUGUCAAACUUGCGGCCCACAUUGGAUAUAUUUCUGGCCCACCUGGCCUGGGGCCACUUUGUAUUGUGGCUGCGACCAGCUGCAAGAUAGGAAAUUAUAUUUCCUGUCUGAUUCUUGUAUUACCUCCCAUGACCAAACGCGUGAUCCCGAAGGCCAGCCACUACCCUUCCCUCCUGCUCGCUGUGUCAGAGGAGCGUCUGGCCUGCUUGAGCAGAGAAGAACAGGGCUGGAACUGGAAGACAGGCGGCUCAUCUUAAGGUAGGGGAAGAGGGGCUUGGAGGACCUUAUUGUGUAGUGUGCUAAAUUGGGGAGUGGGGCAGUGUAAUCAUUUGAGGGAGGGAGUGGGCAGUGUUUUAAAUUGGGGGAGGGAGUGUAUUAAUGUUAGGGAGGGGGCACUGUAUUAAUUUGGGGGAGGGAAGGGGCUAAUGUAUUAAAUUGGGCAGAGGGGGCAGUGUAUUAAUGUGGGGAGGGCAGUGCAUUAAAUUUGGGAAGGGAGUGGGGCAGUGUGUUUAAAUUGUGGGGAGGGCAAUGCAGUAAUUUGAGGGAGGGAGGGGGCAGUGUGUUAAAUUGGGGUGAGGGCAGUGUAUUAAUUUGGCAGAGUGAGGGAAUCCGUGUAUUAGAGUGGUGGGAGGGGGGGCCGUGUAUUAAAUAGGGGGAGGAGAGGCAGUGUAUUAGAUUGUGUGGAGGGCGCAGUGUAUUGGAUUUGUGGGCAGUGUAUUCGAAUGGGGGUUGAUGGCCGUGUAUUAGAUUGGGUCUGCAUGGAGGCACUGAAUUCGCCGCGCAGCUUUUUGCCACACUUGCACAAUAGCCUCCAAAUGCUUUCCUAUGGGUAAGCAGUGGAUUGGCUGAGAUCAUCAAGUUUGAUGAUCUCAGCCAAAGUGGAGAACACAGUCAUAAGUCUUCAAAAAGAUAACGUAGUUUUUGUUGUUGUUGUUGGGUUUUUUUUUUACAACUGUGCAACAGCAUACGUUCACCAUUUCAGUCCUAUUACCAAACUUUUCUCAAUAUGUCAAAGUAAUUGCACUGAAACAUUGGUUAUAUGCACAUGCACGUCUUCUAAAUUUGUUCUUUUGUUUACUUUGAAGCCUUAAGAGUGUGAAGACGUCCAGUGUCAGGCAACAUUUUUAUACUGUACUUUUCGAAAUAAACCUGCGUUUUUAUGAAAACUGAAGUUUUUGUUUUUUUACAUCAGCUUAAACCUUGUUUAUUUGGGCUGUGUUUGCCUUUGAGUUUGACAUGCUUGGCCUACAGGCUCGCCAGGAUAAGAGUCUGCCCAUACACUGAACAAUACCUAGGUUUUUGCUUCUGGGCUGAAAUGCCCUGCAAAUCUUCAAAGAUACAGAGCCAAUGUGUUUAAUCAUGAGCUUGUUACAUUACACAUUGUCUUGUUCCUCCCUCUACCAUGUGACAGAGCCUCUCUGUGAUGUCACUGGUAUCCUGGAGGUUUCCCCCAGAUUCCAGCGCCAUCUUGUUAAUGAGGGUGUUAGUCGAUGUCAAAAAGGAAACUCCCUAGCGGCCAUUUGAGGUAAAUCACAUAGAAAGUUGAAUAAUGCUGAUUGUAGUUAUGCUGAGUAAAUAGGCAUUUUACUAACAUGGAUUGGGUUAAUAUUUUUGUCCACAACAGUCCCCCCUUAAAAUGACUAUUUACAAAAGAGAGAAAAGGACAGACAACUUCUAACUAACCCUAAUGAUGUCCCUAAUUGGCUGCAGCUCAUCUGUCUGAACAGGCCUCGAACACUUCAAUGCGCAGGUAUCCCGCAGUGGCUAACCCACCACAUCUCCACAUCAGACUUCUGCCCGUAGAGACAGAUGCUAUCCCUAUGCUGUCCCUGCAUGGAAGUAGUUGUCUGUUUGAGGUGGUGGGACUGAAGAGGUGUGUGUGGGGUGUCACAGUCCAUGUCGUCAGCAUCCUGAUGUAGAAAUGUAGGUGUAGUGUGUUCAAUAGUCUGUCCUACAGUCUUCUGUAAAUAUUUCUGCACACAGGGCAUUACACAAGAAGUCAGGAAGAUAAGGAGAACUACCACAGUAAGAACUGCCAUACCUACUUGAAGGAGAGUUUUCUGCCAUCCACUCAUCCAUCCAAAUCAUUUAUCCCAUAAAUUGGGGACUCCAGAACUCCUCUUUAAUUCGUCAGAAAGACUUUCCAGUUUCUCUAUAGCCAGGGUUACCUUACUGUUAGGGCCUGUGUUGUCUGGGAUAAAGGUACAGCAUGUCAUAGUAUCGGGGAGUAUCUUACACACGCCCCCUUUUCUGCUAGGAUCAUGUCUAAGGCCAUUCGAUUUUGAAAUGUCAUUUGGGAGGUAGUCUGUAGUUGUUCUGCCAAACCCUGGAGGGCAUCUCUAGUAUAAUUGAGAAAUCGUUGCUGCUUAUAAUAGAUAUCCAAUUAAUUGAUCCAAUUAACAUUCUUGUUAGUGGCAUUGAGUGGGAUCAAGGAUUCGAAUCCUGCCGCCACCUCAUCUCUGGCCUUGAACUCAUUUGGUACCCCCCUUGGUACUCCAUAUAUGUGUGGGUCGAAACUACCUCGAAUGGGGGUUUCUCUGUUUACUCUAAGAUACGUAUGUGGUGAAUCGUGUGGGCCUUGGUGAUUAUCAGAAAUUAUAUGUAUGGGCAUGAUAACUUUGGACAGAGCACAUUCUGCCCACCACAGUCAUUCUUGAUCUAAGUUGCAUGUCACCACAUAGCCAAUAAAUAUUUCCCACGGACUUAACUUGGUUCACUAAUAGGGCAAUGGGAGGUUGCAAUAGCCAGAUAAGUGGUACAAUAGCCAGAAGGGAAUUUACCUACAACUUGACUUGUGGCUCCAUGUAUUGUAUAGCAAGUGUAGUUACCUGGGUACACGGUCACUCCAUCAGGUGGCUUGGUAUAACCUUGGCUUAUUGGGUAAACCUUUUUCCAUGACUCACACACUGAUGAGUUCACUGCUGUCUGCGCAUAGAGGCUUAAACACGUCCUAACAUCGGGGGGGGGGGGUAAAUUUAAAGGCACUGUACCCAGAUGGGGCCUGGCCCCACCACAAACUUAACAGUUUUGUUGUGAGAAUUAGCAUUAUACCUCAUCCAUUCAAGCCAUAGAUUAGUAUCUGAAAACCCGGUCUCCACAGCCAUAGUGUCUUCAAAUGUUAGGAUUGGCAAUUGCCACCAUGUCUUUAAGGGUUUUAAUGUGUGGUUUUAGAGGGUUAAUGGUCAUGUGUGUGGAGCCUACCCAGUCAGGUGAUGUAAGCAUGUCUUGUAAGUAGAAGGUCCCUAAUUUGUUAUGUGAGCCACCCCCUUUCCAAUACAUUCCCAUCACGUACUCCCCGGCGUCUCCUGGGCUAGGAUGUUCUAUGUUUAAGGUGAGCUUCGUUGGGGUAGACUCUGUCGGCUUACACAAGGUCAUUCUGUAUAAAAAGGGUUUCCCAUUUCUGUCAACUCUAUCUAGGGCACUUUGUGGUCUGUAGCCCAAUGGUCGGCCCCGUAUUCCAACCUGCUGCUUUCCAGGUACUACAGUGAUGUCCCCAAUGCCCACCUGUGACACAAGUAUAUGGGUCCUUUUUGUUUGGUAUGUCUUUGUAUAUUGCUGAGUGUUGUGACUGUGGAAAAGUACAAGAAACAAUAUCACAGUAAUCACAAAGGUGUAAGUAGACACGUGGGUUUUUAAGAAUUAUACCAAAACGUGUAAACAUGAUUAUCUUUGGUAAAAGCAACUUGUUGGGCCUUUAAGAGGCCUAGCAGCAGAUAUAGGUACGGGAAACUACUGCUUUGGCGGGAUCUGCUUCCUCUGGAUCAGGGAUUUUCUUGCAGUGCGAGGCGUGUAUCCAGGUAUUCUUCCCAGCCAACUUUACAGAGGUAGAUGUAGUCAAUAGGACCUGGAAUGGACCAUCGAACCUUGACUCAAGAGUGUGUUUUCUUAGAACUUCUUGACCAUGACCCAGUCACCAGGAAGUAACUUAUGUGUGCCCGUAUCUGUCUCGGGAUCUGGAAUAGAAGAAAACACUUGCGCAUGGAUUUUGGUCAAGGCAUGAGAGAGUACAGUUAUAUAAUCUACCAUUGCAUCUGACUGAAUUUGAAGUUGCUGAGGGAAAUAACAGCCUAACCUGGGUGCGGUUCCAAACAAGAUUUCAUAGGGGGAUAGAUUAAACUUCCCUCUUGGGGUGUACCUUACACUGAACAAUGCUAUAGGAAGACUCUCCGGCCAGGGUAGGUUAGUUUCUUGGGACAUUUUAAGCAUUCUGGCUUUCACAGUACCAUUCAUGCGUUCUACCUUACCACUCCUCUGUGGGUGAUAGGGUGUGUGGAAUGCAAGGGUCACCCCCAGUGCUGCCCAGAUCGCCUUGGUUAGCAACGCGGUGAAGGAUGUACCCUGGACACUUUCAAUUACUUCAGGGACUCCGUAUCUGCAGAUGAUUUCGGUAAGUAGACGCUUUGCCGUGGUCUUCGCAGUAAGAUUAGCGACCGGGAAAGCUUCUGGCCAUCCUGAAAACAUAUCCACUAUGACCAGUGCGUAUUCAUACCGGCCACUUUUUGGCAUUUGGAUAUGGUCAAUUUGGAUCCUCUGGAAAGGGUACUGUGGUUUGGCCAAAUGGUUUGGUGCAGCUUUGAUUAUUUUCCCUGGAUUACAUUUAGCGCAGAUAGCGCAGGAUCUGCAGUAAUUUCGUGUCAAGGUAGUGAUUCCGGGUGCUUCAAAAUAUUUAUCAAUCAAAGAGUUCAUGAGGUGCUUAGAUAAGUGGGCUGGUCCAUGGGCCCACUGAACAACAGCUGGAUACAUAUUCCUGGGUAGGCAGAAUUUGAGAUUGAUUGUGUAUACUUCAUUCUGAAGGGUUGCUCCUUUGUCUUUCCAGCUUUGCUUUUCUUGUGGGGUGGCGGCCUGUUAUUCCCUUAGGAGCUUGAGAUCGGUGGGUAGGGUUUGCAUGGUGUAAAUAGGAGUCUUUUCGACAGACACUCUUCUGUCCACUUCCCGACAUUGGCGUGCCGCAUCCUUAGCGGCCUGGUCGGCUAAAAUGGUGCUUCUUCUGAAUUUAGUUUCCCGUGGGCCUUUACCUUCAGUAUGGCCACCUUUUCUGGAAGUAGUAAGGCAUCCAUCAAUUCGUUGAUAGCUGCGCCAUGUUUCACAGGAGUACCUGUUGCUGUAAGGAACCCCCUGGUUUUCCAAAUUAUGCCAAAAUCGUGUGCCACUCCUAGGGCAUACUUUGAGUCUGUAUAAAUAUUGACACGCUUCCCUUCAGACAUCUUGCAUGCCACCAUAAAGGCUAUUAGUUCGCCUUCUUGUGCUGACUUAGAUGAGGGGAGUGAAGAUGCUUGGAGUAUUUGGUCCUCAGUGGUGACUGCAUAUCCGGUAUGAUAUUGGCCCUGCUCAUCUGCGAAUCUAGAACCAUCCACAAACAGAGUGUAAUCAGGGUCCGGUAGAGCAGCCUCGUGCACUGUUGGGAGGUGGGUUGUUUCCAUUUUCAUCUGUUCAAAACAAUCAUGGGGGCGUCCGGGUCCAGUUCUGUAGGAGGAAUGUCCUCACAUAUCUCUGUGUGGUAUCGAGGGUAACCAACGGUUUUGCAAUUUAUGACCCCCGUCACUGUGAGUUGUUCUUGAGUUGCAGUAUUCCAUGUCUUGGAGACUUGGUGAAAGAAACAUGAGGAACAGCCACCUCCCAAUGGUGAUAUAAAUGUGAUACCUCCAUAAGCAGAUAGACUAGGAUAACAAUGUUUCCUUUGGAGUCACAGAACAGGUCUGUCAGUGUGAUGUGUAUUUCCACCAGUCUGAAUAAUUCUUCUUCAUAGUAUGGGUCAGGACCUGGGGUGUCCCUGAACCACAGGGUGCAAUGUAAGUGGCUCUCGGGCUGUUCAUCAUGUGGAACUGUGGGCUUUUCUAAUUAUAGUUCCAUGUGAACAUCAGGAUUUAUGCCCAGGCUGUACCAGUAUUGCGGCACUCACCCCUUUGGAGGUGGCAGAAGAUUGGCUGGAUUCAAGGAGUAACAUCUUUGUAAGGUGACGUUAUCGGGCAAAAGGAGGGAGGUUUGAAGUCGGAGAUGUCGCUGGGAGGAGAGAUGUUUGGGCUGGACUUGAUUCAGGAUUGCAGCGAUAUCAUGAGGAGCAAGAACUGUCAGUUUAUGUCCGACAACAGUCGUUAGUCUUGUCCAGUUGGGCACUUGCAGCAAAAACAGCAUGCAAACAGGAAGGACCACCUCUGGCCACGGGGUCAAGCAUGCAGGAGAAGUACCCAAUAGGGCGCUGACGGGAACCAUGGGAUUGAGUAAGGACCCCUGAAACAUGGCUCAUCUUCUCUGAGAAGAAGAGUUUGAACGGUAGCUGGUAGUUUGGGAGGCCCAAAGCAGGGGCAGAGGAGAUGGCUCUUUGAAGAGCAUGGUAGCAAGAACGGGCAAUAGAAGACAAUGAAAAAGCUUCAGUCUUUAAAGCAUCGUAGAGAGGUUGCAUGAGUUGAGAAGCCUCAGGAAUCCAAGAACUGCAGUAUGUGAUGAGGCCCAAGAAGGCAUGAAGAGCUUGAUGGUUAGAUGGAAGGGAGAGAUUUGUAAUGGCAAGUAUUCUGUUCCUUGUUAGGUGACGGGUGCCAUGGGAAAGGCAAUGUCCCAAGAAGACUACAGAGGGCUGGCACCACUGGAGUUUCACUUUGGAGGCUUUACAACCUUCUUCAGCGAGGAAACAAAGGAGAUCUUCAGAAUUCUGUUCUGCAGUUGGAAAAUUAUCCGCACAGAGAAGUAAAUCAUCAACAUACUGGAGCAGGAUCACAUCUGGGUGUGAUUUCUGCCAGGGCUCUAGGACAGAUGACAUAGCUUUGGCGAACUGGGUUGGUGAAUUUUGUGCACCUUGAGGCAUAACAGUCCAAGCUUACUGUUGACGAUUGUGUGUGAAGGCAAACCGAUAUUGACAAGAGGGAUCCAAGGGUACGCUGAAAAGGGCAUUUGCAAGAUCAACCACCGUGAAGUAUUUGAUGGUUGGAGGAACUUGUGACAACAAUGUAUGUGGAUUAGGGACAACUAGGGACAACAGCAGUGUCGCGAUUUGUGACUUCAUUAACAGCGUGGAGGUCUUGGACCAUACAGUAUUGAUCAAGUUGACCUUUUUCAGUUUUCUUCCUUACUGGAAAUAGAGGCGUGUUACAAGGUGAGACACAUUUGACCAGAGCACCUUUUGCCAACAGGCUAUCAACUUGUUUGGAAUGGUGAGUGCAGAUUUCAAAGGAUACUGUGGUCUUUGUGGUGGACUGGCUCCCUCAAUUAGUGUAACUACCACUCGUAGGCGUCCAAUGUCAUCUGGGCCCGUAGACCAAAGCUUGGUUGGAACCCUAUCCAGGGCACUGGGAGCUUCUGGGACCCUUGCCUCCUCGGUGGGGGAUGUCAUGUGUAGUAGUAGAAAUAGAGAGCAAAGGACAGAAGUAUCUUUGCGAGAAAGGGGGUUAGUAAUUGAAUCUGGCCAUCAGCAGUGAAGGAGAUAGAAGCUUGAAGGCGAGACAGAACAUCUGCCCCUAGAAGGUUAAUUGGACAUGUGGAUGAAACAACGAACCGAGAGAGAAUAUCAGAACCAACCCGCAAGAGCUUAGUAAAUGGAUUAUUUCUGGGGGUACCAUCAACACCUACACAAAAAACAUCAUCUGUGUCGGAUAGAAAAGAUGGGUCAGCCCCCCAACCGAAACUCUUUGUUGAAACAAGUGGAACUCAACUGGAAAUACGAAAUGAUAUACGCACACCAAUUUGGUAUGAAAAAACACUUACACCAUGCCCACAAUAGGUGGACAGAAUACCUAGCUACCUCCGCGACGGGUAACGCCCAGGGCCAAGCACAGGCCCACACAGCAAUGGCUCCCUCCCCAAUAGGAGCCUGUCCCCCGCCCCCCUUCGUAGACCCACCCCCCCUCAUAUGCAAAAAGUACAGUAUAUGUCUCCGAAGUCAGUUCAUGCACCCUAGAAGCAGAAUGCACAGCACGAACACAGUAGGGUAACAGGUUCUGGGUUAAGGCAAUGCACUAUGGUUAUGAACAGACCUGGUAGCCCGCUGAGCUACCACAGAUAUGGGUAUCCACAUAGGACACUGAGUAAUACCCGGUAAAGAAAGCUGACGCAUGAUAUGUACAAACACAUACCACCCUACCUGUCACUACAGCUGUUCUGAAACAAUACUGGUGCACUGUAUAACACUGUGAAUGCAUGUACUGUACAAUAAAAAUUGUCAAAUUCAAAAAAAAAAAAAGAAAAGAUGGGUUAGGCAGGUCUUGUUCUCUGAGAACACUGCGGGCUGCACAUGUGUCAACUAGAAAGGUAGUGAGAUGACCCUCAACUAGAAGGACAACUGUAGCUAGGGGUCCCCCCUUGUCCCCUGUAGACACUGCUAUGACAGGGGUGUUAGACACAGGUUUGCCAGUUACCUAUUGUUCCAGGUCUAGAUGAGAUUGAUCAGGGCCAGUGUAUUGACGUGCUGGUGUGGUGGAGUGGCUGGCCUGAUGGGUUUGACGUGUAGGGCGAUAGUGAUUCGGUGCUGGGUGUUAAUCUUGUUGGAAAUCAUCCGUAUCAUAACUAUCAGGGGAAGGGUGAGCAUAGCUGCGUGGUGGGGGGUGAGUAUUAGAUUGAGAGGGUUGGUAGACAGCUUGGGUAUAUUCCUGAGGAGGUUAAUACGAUGCAUGUGCCUGAGGAUAUACCUAUGGUGGGUAACCUGAUUGGAGACCACCAUACGUAGCCGUAGGGGCAUUGGGAUACAUAGGGGGUCUAGUGGUUGGCUGUCUAGUCACCCUGGGAUGUGGGCAAUCUCUCCUGAAAUGGCCUGGUUGGUUGCAAUUAAAGCAUGCCCUGGUCUGAGGCCUAGGUGCCAUGGGCUGUCCCUGUGCAGUUGGCAGAGUGGGUAGCGUGGGAUAACCUGGAAGCACCUGGGUGGGUCUCGUGGUAGGGCUGGAAACAGAAAACAUAAGAGGAUUAAUUUUCCUGUAGAACAGAUUCCAGACCCUUGGCAACUAGUAAGAGAGUGUCCAAAGGAAUGAUUCUGUAUUCAGGACGUGAGAGCACUAAGCCUUUCCUGAUGGCCUCUUUAAGGCCGGCAACAAAGGCAGCUGAUAACAUCUGGGUAUGCGCUUUAUUAUAUACACUGAAUUCCGAGAUCGGAGAAAGUUUGAGUCAACCGUGAAUGAUACUUUUCCACAGAUUCGAGUUUGUCUUGUAUAAUAUCAUUAAUACAAGUGGCUUGGUCAGCAAGUUUAUCAUGGGCCCAUGCCCGAAGCUGUUCACAGAAUGUAAUACCUGACUGGUAAUCCAUAUCAGUAGUGAGUAGAGCGUCAUUAAAGCUCCUUUCCAUAAUGGGCCAAUAGGCAUCCCCUGCCUUGAUUUCACACAAACUAUACAGAUCACGCCAAGCUGCUGACUAAGUCUUGCGAAUCUGGGCAAUCCUCCGGAAGAAGGGCAUAGGCUGCAUCUCAGGGAAAGAGGUUACUAGGGUUGCAGCUUGGGAUGGGUUGAACGUGACAUACAUCGGGGGAGCCCCGUCCACUAGUGGUAAAGCAGGGGUUGCUUGUCUCUGAGAAACCCUAUUAUUUGAAGGGCGGAACGGGCUAAGCCCUUGAACAUUGUCAUCUUCGGGGGGAACCGAGAAUGGGAGACCAUGGUAGCUAGCAACAUUUAGUGAAUUAGGGUCUUGAGCAGCUGGAGCAUCGUAGCCGGGAGUACCGACAGCGAUGGCCUGGGGAGUAGCUAACUGGGAGGUAGUGGGAUGGAAGCCUGACGCGACAGGGGAAGCGCCUACAGCAGGGGGCUGUCCCGACACGAUAGAAUCAUUAGACCCAAUGAUCAUGAUUGAGUAGCUGGGAGUGGCCAUGGAAGAGGCAGGAAUAGGAGCCGGACUGGGUGAGGGGACGGGCUGAUUGGGCUGAGGAAGAUGAGCGGAGAGGGCGGAGAUGAGUGACGAAAGGUCUAAGGAGGGAGGGAUAAUAGGACUGGAGGCAGAAAGAGGAGAGGAAACUUGAACGGGGUCAGAAGGGGUGGCGAGGAGAGGAGGGGGAGGAGCAGGAGUAGAGGGAUUAGCAAGAGAAGCAGAAAGGGCGGAAAUGAGUAGGGAGGGAGGGACAACAGGAGUGGAGGUGGGAAGAGGAGGGGAAUCUGAAACGGGGACAGAAGGGGUCAUCACCGAGGAGAGGAGAUGGAGGAGCAGGAGUAAAGGAAUAGCAAGGCGGGGGGAUACGGCAGAGUGAGAUGCAACAGGGGGAACAUCGAGUGAAGAUAAUAAUAGGAACCAUCCUCCCCGAGAACGAGGUACAGAGGAGUGGGGACAGGAGGGCUUAUGACAAUUGGAGGUGGCGACUGGGCGGUGACUGGGGAGGCGGGACGAGAUUCAUUCACUGUAGUCUGGGCGCCUUCAUAGGGCGGUGGCCGGGGAACAACAGGGGAGGUUUCAUCAUUACAAACAUUUCUGUGAUAUACAUAAAUCUUUUGUCCUUCAAGAUCCAUUUCUUCCUCUGACCAGCCCUCCAGCUUGAGUCCUCUUGCUACUCGAUACCAAGCCUCCACAGCUUUCGUCAACCCACUAUCUAAUAGCAAGCCCUCUUUAUCAAUGAGCAAUUUCCUCUAAAACUCUGGUUGUAAUCUACCACUAGGUGACAUUUGAAAACCACAAAUCUUUGCUAUCUUCUUUAACAUAGCCUUUCCUCCUGCUCUCUCCUUAACAAUAUCACAAGCUAAAUAGCCUUUAGAAGGUCUGGCAUGUUCUUGUCCCAUUUUUACCAAACAAGGCUUCCCCUGUGAGAGGGACAGAGAAAGAGAGAGAAAAAAGAAGGAAUGUCUACAGUGCUCGACUGCCACGAGGAAUUGAUUCCCAUGCGUCUUCCCCAAAUAUAGACUAGUCACUGGAUCCGCCCACCCGAGAUGGUGGCCACGAAUCUGUGGGUGACUAACACAGCUCUGGGCAACAAAUACAGAAGAGGUAGAGAAUAAGGGAAAAGGUGAACGUGGAGAGACUAAUCAGAAGACAUUUACAUGAGUCACAGAUAUAGAGAUGUGCACAUAAUCCGGAAUCAAAGACAAACCACACAACAUACACACACAGGACUAGGGUACCCACACUAUGACUACAACUGAAUAGGAAACAUAAUAUAACAAGGAACAGUAAAAGUACGAGCAUAAUACCUACACAGUAAAUGAACCCUGUUCUACCCUGAACAGUACAAAAUUCCCAGCCUUUUUCUUGGCAGAGGCGUUCCCUGCCCGCUAGGCAAUCAAACUAAAAUAAAUCCCCAGCCUUUCUCUAGGCGGAUGCGUUCCCUGCCCGCUAGGCAGUCAAGCUAUAAAGAUUUUUUUUUAAAAGCAAACACCACACACCAGCCGUCUCACACGCGUACAUGCACUCAAGAUGCAGAUAGGCAAUCGACAGGUUUGUUUUAAAUGGCACCGGAUAAGAGAUUACCUGUCUUGUAGCAUUCUGGAAGCCGGAAGUGGACACAGAGACAGACCGACACAAAACAGGAGAAUACAGGCAAACCUCCGUAUUAGGAGGUGAUCAGGCUCCGGUUGUCCCACUUUCCGGAGGUCCGCUCCGGUCCCGUUUUCCAGCCGUCCGAACCGGCGAGAUCCGGUGCCCCACGUUGGGUGCCAAAUGAUGUGGAAAUCAAUCAAUAAAUUGUUUAUCUUGCGUAUCUGCCCCAGCCAAAUUAAAGACGUAAUGCGUGCACGCGCCUAAAGUAAUUCACACCAGACACAAGUUUCGGGUUAAUGAAAAACUUGAGGAAUGUUUAUUCUGAGGAGUGGUAUGUCCCUUAUAAAGCAAAAUUACAUCAUAUGCAUUGUCAGAGAUAACAUGAAAUAGUACCUCCAUAAUUGGUUAGGUGUAAAGUGGUUCAUUUAGUGCUCUUCCUACCGGGUGUGAUGUCACUGAUAUCCUGCAGGUCUCCCCCAGAUUCCAGCGCCAUCUUGUUAAUGAGGGUGUUAGUCGAUGUCAAAAAGGAAACUCCCUAGCAGCCAUUUUAGGUAAAUCACAUAGAAAGUUGAAUAAUGCUGAUUGUAGUUAUGCUGAGUAAAUAGGCAUUUUAUUAACAUGGAUUGGGUCAAUAUUUUUGUCCACAACAAACACGUUAUCAUGUGACCUAACACAACUUUCAUGGUAGGGUUACAUAGUUAUAUCAAUAUUUAUAGUAAUACAUUUUAUAUUCCAUGUUUAUGAGUUAAAUAAUAGUCUGUGUUUGCUCAAAUAUUACAAAAAUGAAAGUUGAGCUACAGGGUUUUGUUACAUUUUAUGCUUUUUAUUUUGAAUUUUCUAACUUUCCUGAGUAUUAUUGUUGGAUAUAUUUAAAUUAAUGAUUAGUGGACCAUUUUUCCAUAUCUAUCAACUUUAAGUAAUAUGCAUAUCUAAUUAGUAUGCUACAUAUAAUAUGUAUGUUUUGUUUAUAUUUUGUAGUGUACAGAAGGCUCGAUGGCUCCGUAGAAUGUUGCAGUAAUAAUAGUCUUACUGACUUAUGUUUCUCAUACACCAAUAACAUGCAGAGUCAAACGGUAAGUUUGUAUGACGGAACCCAUGGGACUGGUUGUGCUUGUACAUCUACAAGAGUACCUGUAAAAAAAUUAUUGUAAAAUUAUUACCAAGUUAUCUACUCUUUCCUAGUCUUUCCUAGGACAGCCCUUAUUACGCACCCACAUCUUAAUUUUUAUGUUUUUGUUUUAUAUCUUUGUUUUGUUAUAUAACAAGCAAUGUCAUUAUCUGUAAAUGACAAUCACUAUUCUGUUGCUUACAGUAUGCUUGUGUGCCAGCAAGAAAAGCUAUUCAAACAAGCAUAGAAUGUCGAUCGAAUUUAGACUGCCAAAAACAAGCAGCAUCGAGUGUGUGUGCAGUCCCAUCGAUUGAGAAUCAAACUCGCUUGAUAAGGGUAAAACACCCACCGGAGGUGGAGAUGUUAUUUAUAGGAUAUCCUAUGCACCUAGAAUAUGCAGGUAAAUGGAUUUUAGCUAUGCUUCAAUAGAAAUGUAUUUUUAUUCUUCAAAACCAGUCAUGGAUUUGGGGUAAUAGAUAGAUAUUCAGAGUGACACCAUAUAUUUCUGGGAGAAUUUUGACCACUGGGCACUCAAUAUAAUGAAGAACAGUCUUGAUAUUAUUUGUUGUUUUAUCCCAUUUGAUUUGUGGAAUUAUGCAAUAAUUAUAUGAUUAAAAAAAAAAAAAUUACAUACAAAGUCUGAAUGCACACAUCCAAUUAUUGAACUUGAAGAAAUUGAUUCUGUUUAUUCUGCCAUUGUUAUGAAUCAGCAUGUGAUGGGAAGGAAUCUAGGUUAGUUGGGGUAAUGCACAUGCACAAGAACCUGUUUUGCCUGCUUUGUUACAAUUGUUUGGUUUUGAUGAAAAGCAGGGCUGCUUUUCAAUUUGGGGCAAAAUUGAAUUAACUGUCUACUAGUUACAAUAAGAAAGCAUGACUGGAAUUCCAGUUUGGAAAAGAAAAACGCAAAACAAUUGAAUUGAUUUAUUUAUUUUUAAACUACAUCAUAAACACACCAGCAUAAUGAUAGGUAUGGCAGUUCUUCCUCACAGCUAUAUAUCCAACACAGCUAGUUUUGCUUAGCAUUUGCAAAUGUAAUGCUAGUUUUCUGUAAUUCCUAGUUUUUAAUAAAUGAGUUGUUUGCUUAUUAUUUUUACGCAAACACUAUAUGGGACUGGCAGAACAUUAUGUUGUAACCUUCAUUGUUGUAUGAUUUGGAGUAUAAGCAUGUAUCUUUUUCUUUACAGUGAGUCUAAGCAGUUUCAUUCCAAGAUACAACUUUCUCAGUAUACACUUUCCACUGGUCAUAGAGACCUUCUGCAAGUAUCCUUUUAUAGUGGUAUAGUUAAAGAUCCAACAUUAAAAAAUGCAUUCAGCAGCAGCCUACCGUAUUAAUUGUAUUUCUGUAGUAUAUAUUCACAGUAAUAAAUAUAUAAAAGACAAAAUAAUCCUUGCACUCACGUAUUCCUUGAAUAUUGCCUGGUGCAUGAGCCAGCGGACAAGCGGGCUAUAGAAACCAAAAAAAUGAUGGCUGCACUCCUCGGACUUCUUAAAAAUCAAAAUACUUUAUUGCAAAUCCAUUAAAAAAUGAUCAACGUUUCAGCCCCUAUCUGGGCUUUCUUCAGGAUAAAAAAACAACACUACUAGAAUAUUAGUACAAACAAUUACUUAUAUAUCAUAAAAGGAAUUGGAAGACUUACCACAGCUGAUGUCCACGCCCGCCCGGCGUCCCAAUGAACACUGCGCAUGUGCAUACCUAUGCAAUCAGAGCAAACAGUUGUAAACCAGGAAAUGUUGCCUUGGUUACCAGGCAAUGCUAAAACUAAGCGGUGAGCGGCGGGUAGAGUACCCGCCCACUGAAAACACAUACGCCUACCCGGCGUUGGCACGUACAACGUGAUGACGUCAGAUAGUAUCAAUUACCUGGUAAACGUCUCCAUAGAGACUGUUACCUUAGAAACAUUGCGUACAAGGGACCCCGGACCGGCAGGGCUCACCCAGUGGCCGGACAAGGAAAAUAAUAACAAAUAAAUGAAUAAAUAAACAAACAAUACAUAGAGCAUCUGGCAUAAGGAUACAACAUCUGGCACAUAUAUAUAGUUGCACAAAUGACCCAAUAUAUUGCAUCAGAUAAACCAAUUAAAUCAAUUUAACUCUCCUAGCAUUUAAUAAUAAGAAUUAAGUGAACUACUAUAAAACCACCUUAUUAGAUUAUAAUAGAGAAUAUAAAGUGCUCUACUUGUUAAAGAGAGUUAUCAAUAUGAUGUAAUAAACAAUAACUGAAACUCUAGACUAUGUGUAUUAAUAGUGGAUCUGUAUGUGGCAAUGGUGGGUGACAUGGCUAAUAAAUACAAUACAUUAAGUGAAAAAUAGCUUAAAUAUAUCAAUACAUACCAUUGCUGAAGGAAUAUCCCUAUAUUAAAAUUUAAAGUGACCUGUGCUGAAAAAAGUUAGAAUAGAACUAGAUCUAAAUAUUAUGCUAGAAAUUUUUUUGGGUUUGACAAAAAAUACUCAUGAAUUAUUUCAAGUGUACGCCUAUGCUGGAGCAUAGUUAUGCCAGAUCUUGUACUGUUCAAAUGAAACUACGUAUAAAAACUGUAUCAAAAACUGUAUCAAAUAUUGCCACAUACAGAUCCAUUAUUAAUACACGUAGUCUGGAGCAGGGGUAGGCAACCUUUUAGCAGCACUGUGCCGAUAUAAGAUUGUGAUGUCCCGUAGCAUGUCGGUUCUAUAUUUUUAAAUUGAGGCGUCUAUGUUGCCGUCUUCUGCUUGUGUUAUUUUUACUGUAAUUGCUUUGUAUCAUUGUAUUUGUGUGUAUAUGAGCUAUUAUAUUGUAUAUGUUCAUUAGUAGUUUAUGGUAUCGUGUAUGAUACCUAUGAAUGUGGGCUGUGUAUGAGAGCUGAUUGUGGAGUUGUGUGUGUGAAUGGAAAUGUCACAUUGUGUGUUUGGUUGUGUGUGUAUGUGAGGGGCUGUUUGGGGUAUUGCAUUUGAGAAGCUGCAUAUGGGGUUGUGUGCAUGUAUGUGGAUUGUUAGCGGGUUACGUUUGUACAGAUUGUGUGUAUGUUUGUUUGUAGGCUGUUCGUAUUAUUUGUAUGAGGGGAGGCUUAUUGUGCAUUUCUGUGUAUAUCUAGCAGUGUGGGUGGCUUCCCUGGGUUCCAGUGGGGACCAGGCUGGCCAGGUAUAGGUGAAGGACAGGAGCUACAACAGCAGCUGCAGGCUUCUCUACUACAGUGUGGAUUCCCAUUAACAAGUGCUGGGAGGAAUUGAGCUGAGAUCACUACCUCUACAUGCUGCAAUGCAUAAAUUGAGGAUUGUCCUUCACCACAUCUUCGUAUUAGCAGAUAUCUGAAGUUUUACUGGGACUCCUGAUAGGCCAGAGCCUGUUUGGCUCCAGCAGCCUUGAGUGCCGUGCAAAGACACCUCGAGUGCUGUGCAUGGCACUAGUGCCGUAGGUUGCCUACCCCUGGUCUAGAGUUUCAGUUAUUGUUUAUUACAUCAUAUUGAUAACUCUCUUUAACAAGUAGAGCACUUUAUAUUCUUUAUUAUAAUCUAAUAAGGUGGUUUAAUAGUAGUUCACUUAAUUAUUAUUGUUAAAUGCUAGGACUGCUUAAUUGAUUUAAUUGGUUUAUCUGAUGCAAUAUAUUGGGUCAUUUGUGCAAGUAUAUAUAUGUGCCAGAGGUUGUAUCAUUAUGCCAGAUGCUCUAUGUAUUGUUUGUUUGUUUAUUUAUUCAUUUAUUUGUUAUUAUUUUCCUUGUCCGGCCACUGGGUGAGCCCUGCCGGUCCGGGGUCCCUUAUACGCAGUGCGCAAUGUUUCUCAGGUAACAGUCUCUAUGGAGACAUUUACCAGGUAAUUGAUACUGACGUCAUCAGCCGGGUAGGCGUAUGUGUUUUCAGUGAGCGGGUCCUCUACCCGCCGCUUAGUUUUAGCAUUGCCUGGUAACCAAGGCAACAUUUCCUGGUUUACAACUGUUUGCUCUGAUUGCAUAGGUAUGCACAUGCGCACAGUGUUCAUUGGGACGCCGGGCGGGCGCGGACAUCAGCUGUGGUAAGUCUUCCAAUUCCUUUUAUGAUAUAUAAGUAAUUGUUUGUACUAAUAUUCUAGUAGUGCUUAAGUGCUUUAUGUGUGAUGAGUGGGUUUUUUUGUAUUUAUUUUUUUUACAAAAAGUGCACAUUUUAAUAGAAAUUUGCACUUUUAGAAAUUGACCUUGUUAAACCCUCCUGGCGGUCAAUCAGGCCACAAGUACUGUUACUUCCUGGUUUGAUUAGCUCAGUGGAGCUAAACCCAAGAGGCAGCAAUUGUCUAAAGCACUGGGCUUGCAAAGACUUCUCAUUUAGCUUUGGUAAGUAUGUGAUUGGACAGCCACAGAACCUCUGGGCAGUGUUUGAAGGGAAGUGUUUUUAGAUAUACCCCCCCAAUGAACAAAAAUUUAUAAUUAAAUGCAUAUGGUUUCAUUGGGGUUUAUCUACUAAACAGUGACUUAAAAAAUAAAUUGUAUUUUGGACAGUGGAGUGUUCCUUUAAUGUAGUGGUUCUCAUGUCAAUAGCACACCCCUGCAGUUUUAGCACUGUAAAUAUUUUAGAGAAAAGAUAUUGCUACCUAGUAACACCUCUAGUGGCUGUCAAUCUGACAGCCUCUAGUGGGACUUCCUGGGUUUGCUCCUGUAAAGAUUACAGGACUGACGUUCUGUGUCUCCACGCUCUGAAUAGAUAUGCUGAACUUUCUCUAUUGAGAUGCAUCAAAUCAAUAACUAUAAAAAGAUGCUGACUGGUGUAGCAUGGCUUUUUAGAAACAUAGAAUGUGACGGCAGAUAAGAACCAUUCGGCCCAUCUAGUCUGCCCAAUUUUCUAAAUACUUUCAUUAGUCCCUAGCCUUAUCUUAUAGUUAGGAUAGCCUUAUGCCUAUCCUAAGCAUGCUUAAACUCCUUUACUGUGUUAACCUCUACCACUUCAGCUGGAAGGCUAUUCCAUGCAUCCACUACCCUCUCAGUAAAGUAAUACUUCCUGAUAUUAUUUUUAAACCUUUGUCCCUCUAAUUUAAGACUAUGUGCUCUUGUUGUGGUAGUUUUUCUUCUUUUAAAUAUAGUCUCCUCCUUUACUGUGUUGAUUCCCUUUAUGUAUUUAAAUGUUUCUAUCAUAUCCCCCCUGUCUCGUCUUUCCUCCAAGCUAUACAGGUUAAGAUCCUUUAACCUUUUUGUUGCAUAUGUGCACUAGCCUCUCAAUGCUUUCCUAUAGGAAACCAUUGGAUUGGUUGAGAUCAUCAAAAUUGAUUGUCAGCCAGGGAGGCAAGCUAGCCACGGAGAGAGCCGCUCUGCGAUGUACAAAAUGUUGGUAUACCUCAUCUUUUCGUGCACUCUGAGGGGGCCUGGGCUUAAACAUUGAACAGAUCUCUAUAGUGUUAGGAAUAAAUAUUUGUAUUCGUAAUGCUAUAAUGUUCCUUUUAUUAUUGCGAAGUAUUAAACUUUAAUAAGCUUUCCUAAUGAUUCAAUUUGGAAAGUUUUUCUAACUGUAUUAAAUUACUUUGAAAGCUUAUUAAAUUGAUACCUAAAUCUGAAUUACAAAAUUAGCCGAGUUGGACAAUUUUAUCAGAUUAGCUCUUUUAGUUUAUCUUUUAAGUUUAGUGAAUAAGCUUUUGAAACUCUAGGAUGUAUUUGUUCUGACUAUAUUUUUAUUCAUUCCAGUGAUUUCUCCUUAAUGCACCCAGAUAUCUAAUUUCUUUAUCAGGAGCUCUGGCUGUGAUCAAUGCAGUACCAUGCUUUGCUUUGGAUGGACAAUGGAUACUUAACUCUUUCCUUGAAGCUACCUUAAGCUCUGUUAUAUUAGAAAAAGAGAAUAGAGAGCUCUUCGGUUUCUUUAUCCUGUUAGCAGGCAGUGCUUUGUUAACAGCCAAUGUGGUUCUUGGACUUUGGAUGGUCACAGCCCGGUAG